AUGGCCGCCGCGUGCAGAGCAUGCCGCGGCCACAAGCUCCUCCCCCGCCAAUGGCCGGGGAGCUCGCUGGAAAAAACACACGAGGUCGGAGGUAGAGCGGGUCACCGCACGCGGCCGCACAUGCGGUCGCGAGGGGAGUAGGGAGGGAGGUCAGGGAGCACCUCAGCUCCCGAGAAAACCGCUUCCCCAGUGAUCCGCGGUCCCUGUCUGUGCACACAAAAGGUACAGCACAGGCAGGGAGACCGUGCAAAGCAGGGGAAGAAACAGAGCAAAACACAGAAAUCAUAUAGGGUGCACAAAGCAGCAUACAAGUACAUAAUACAUUAAAUAUAUCAGUAGAUAAACCCAUAAAAACAAUCCAAGAUUAAAAUAUACAGGAGUGAAAUUAAUACUUAGCUGGUCUGAGGACAGCAGCAAAGAAAGAGGAAGUGGAAGUACUAAGCAAGGCAUUUAUGGACUGUUCCUACUAAGCUGAUUGGCUGCCCUGUUACUAGGCGGAUCUGGUUGUACCUGUUAUUAUUAUUAUUAUUGCAUAUCUAAAUUUUUUCUCUUUCAGUUUUAUAUUUCUCUUUGCUGCUGAGGAAUAAAGUAAGAAAAAGAGAGCAUAAUAGGAGCCUCCGUGUCAUUAAUAAAAUUGAAAGAUUACAGUUGUAAUAUAUGCUGAUGGGCUCCCCUCACAACAUGUGAGUCACAAAUUUGUCAACCAAGCGUUUAAAGAAAACUACUGUCCUGGGUCAAUCAAGUAAUGAGCACCUCACCAACACCACUACAUUGGACUGAUGGUUUGCUGAAUUCCCCAACUGGCAGUUAAUCAUGGCCCUUGCUAAUAUGUUGUGUGUGAAUACAUAUUUGACUGUGGUGUAUAUAUUAAAGUGACUGCAGAUGUAAAAUGUGUCUGGUUUAAAAAAAAUUCAAUAUAAUCAAAUACCAGAUUUUUUUAACCCCUUAAGGACACGUGACAUGUCAUGAUUCCCUUUUAUUCCAGAAGUUUGGUCCUUAAGGGGUUAAAAUCCCACUUUAAGCACCAAACACCUUUAGCUUAAUUGAGUGGUUUUGGUGUCUAAAUCAGGGGUAAGCAACCUUCAGCACGCCAGAUGUUUUGGACUACAUGUCCCAUGACGCUUUGCCAGCACAUGGCUGUAGGAGCAUUGUAGGAUAUGUAGUCCACAACAUCUGGAAUGCCAACGGUUGCCUUGCCCUAGUCUUGAUCAUGCUCCUGCAGUCUCACUGCUUAAUUCUCUGCCAUUUAAAUCAGUUUGUUUAUGCAGCCCCAGCCACUCCUCUCCUGGCUAAGACAAACACGGCCUCCUUACACACGUUCUGUUAAGUAUCUCAAAUUGUGUAACUUCCUUUAUUGCACAGUGCAUUUAAUGUAGAAUUUUUUAUCUUCUGCUAUGUUAGUUCCCUGCCAGAACCUACAGCAGCCUUCUGUGUGUGAUUAAAGUUCAAUUAACCGUGAAUAGACAUGUGAACAAGAUCUGAUUGAAAAUGUAUUCAAAUUUCGUAUGUAGCCUGUGUCAUAGCCGUAGGAGGUGUGGCUAAGGCUACAUUAAGCAAAAGUAAUUUUGCACUUGGAGUAUUCCUUAAAUGGUUUUCUUGUAGUCUACCAAUGCAGUAUGCAAUGUAUACAUUACAAAAAACAACUCUAUUUGCUGUAAGCUUCAUGUGUAUUCUGAAACUAAAGAAUAAUGCUUAUUUACUUUCUUUAAUUAUGUGUUGGUUAACACUAUGGUUGAAGAGAUAGAUGAAAAAGCUUGAUAUUCCUUGAAUAGAUCAUUGAUAUAACUUGGCAACAUACCGAAAUGACACAUCAUUUGCCAGGAGACAUGCGCUGAUUAAAUGAGCGUCACAAAUAUCUGGAAAUCUUCACAACCCUGGCAAUAUCCCUUGUGUUAUCACAGCUGAAUAAAAAAAAUGAGUGUUUCUAUACUAAGUGUAAAAAAGUAAAAAACAUGCACACAUUGAACCAAACCCACAUAUUUUGACAUAUAAAGUGAAUGUUCUACUGUUGCCAAAUAAAGAUCUAUAACUUACGUUCAUUUUCCUGGCUCUCUGGUGGCUUGAUCCAACCCUGGAAUUCCACAUUCACAUCAAUCUCAAUACUAAGGACUAAGGAGACUUUGAGGAGGAUAAGCUGCAGCUGUCUGAUACCUGGAUAGAGACAUGAGAUGGGGGGAGUGUACAUUAUACGAAAAAAAAGUUUUUCAUCCAAAUAUUCUAAUAGAUUUAUACAGAUCAAUACAUAUAAAAAUUCUAAAGAAGCCUCUGAUACGUCAUACCAAGAGCUGGGUUUCAAGAGUUAUUUGCACUCAGCCCAUAAAAUAUAGAUGGCAUUGUUCAGGUGGAAGUCAGUGUGUGGCUGGAAAACACCUGCCACACGUAGUCUUUCAUUCAGGUCUUUCUAAACGUCAGUAUGUCUGAGCAUUGUGAAAACUUGCACUUUUCACAGUUAAUAUAAAUAUAGGAAAAAUGUACAUAUUGUUCAUGUAAUAUGUGAGUGUGACUGCAUGAAUAUGUGUCUGAGUACUAAAAAGCAUCUAACUACCAAUGAUCAACUAUACAAUAUUUAAUAAUUGUGCAGACUUGCCGUUCAGGUAAGCUGCAUAGACUGGAGGUAUGGAGGAGGAUAUCUAAUCUUCCAAAGAGUGCACCUUCUGAGUGGAGGGAAUUGAAAUUAUUAUUUUAUUAUUUACAUAGCACAAUCAGAUACCGUAGCACUCUACAAUGCAUGGACUAACAGACAUGUAAUUGUAACCAGACAACUGGACGUACAGGAAUAGAGAGAUGGAGGGCUCUGCUCAAUGAGCUUACAUUCUAGAGGGAGUGGGGUAUAGUGACACAAAGGGUAAAAGUAGGAGUACAAAGUAGGUUGUUAGAAAAGUAUUCACUGAGGGCUUCGUAGGUAAUUUUGACAGUUGCAGGAGAGGAGUCAUGGGGGGUGGGGGAUAAAAUCCUGCUAACAGUUUAAUUGAUAUGCUUUCUUGAAGUGCGUUUUCAAUGAUUUUUUGAAUGAAUGGAGACUGGGUGAAAGUCUUACGGAGAAGAUAAGGGAGUUCCACAGAGGAGGUGCAGCUCUGGAGAAAUCUUGGAGGCGAGCAUUAGAGGUGGGAGUAAGGACAGAGGAUAUACGUAGGUCUUUGGCAGAGUGUAGGGGCCUCGAUGGGACAUACUUGUGUAUUAGGGAGGAAAGGUAGGUUGGAGCAGCAUUAUGUAGGGACUUGUAGGCAAGCACCAGAAUUUUAAAUUGAUUCCUAUAUUUAACUGGAAGCCAAUGCAGGGACUGACAAAGCAAGAGGGGUGGGAGGUGCGAGCGAACAGGAAAAUGAGCCUCGCCGCUGCAUUUAUUAUAGAUUGCAGCGGUGCAAUCUGGGAAUAUGUAAGACCACUGGGAAGGGGAUUGCAGUAGUUAAGACGAACAACCGCAUCUGGCGUUAAAUAGGGGCGGAUGCGCGCUAUGUUUUUGAGAUGGAAGCAACAGGAUUUGGCGAUUGGACAUGAGGGGUGAAGGAGAGGUUGGAGUCAAAAAGUCAUGGGGGACCCUUAUUUAGAGUUUCAAGGGGAAGAGUAUGUAUUUAUUUUAUAUUGCAUCAUUAUCUGCAUUGUGCUUAAAGACCGGGGGUGUCUGUUUUGUUCUAAAAAGUGAUCUAAAUUACUAAUAGUGGAACAUUCACCAUAGUGACCACUGAAACCAACAGGCACAUUUAAUCGGUGACUCCUCCCUUUGCACAUUUUUAGAAUAGAAAAACUGAUAAAUCUUCCCGCCCGUGUGUGUAAAUGGCCAGUUCAUGACAUCACUGUCGCUGUGACUCAUUAAUUACUUCUGGCAUCCACACAGAAGAAUGCUGCUACCGCCACGGGAUAGAUGCUGUUUCUUUUUCAUAGGUGGAUGGUUUGUUAUGCAAGAUACUAUCAUAACUCCUUGCACACUUCAGUGAUUUCUCUGAAACAUUGCACUAUUUUAUUUCCAUGCCUAGCAGUUAACCUCAAGCGGGAGGGGGCAGCCAUUGUGCUGGAUCUUAAAAGACUGUCUCGCAGUGCACCCACUGAUGACAUUGUCCAAACACCUAUGUAGCUCCAUGUAAUAUCUUAUGAGGAAACACUGAUCAUCAGGGAAGUGAGGUGCCAAUGAGCCUGCAGCUCUGGGUCAUCUGGUGGAUGCUUUUAAAGAGUAACAGUUUUGGACCAGACAGCGGAUGGAAGUCCGUUGCACAGAGCACAAUUGUAGAAAUUGCCAGAUUUCGGGCAAGUCAAAGUUAAUUUUUUUUAUAAAUUUUUCUGCCUCUGAUGGUAGGAAAGGUGGGUCUUUGCCCCUUGAUUUAGGCUCCUCCUCCUCCUCACGUUUAGCGUUGGUGACAGUGCUGGGAGGCAAAAAUGAUGACACCUCCUGGCAUUAGGAUUGCAAUGACAAACUAUUUGAGGACGACAUGGAACAUAUAAGUUGAUUUGAAAGAGAAAUGGCACUGAUUAGCCAUUUUGGGACAAAGCUAGCACUGAAGCAAAGCUAGCCCACAUUUGGGCACAAAUAUGGCAUUGUGAAGUUGUAAUGAGGACAGAGAUUCCAUGGGAAACUGGGCACAAAGAUGUCACCGAUAACCUUUUUUUUUUUUUUUGGUAAAGCUGGCCCUGUGGGUGACAUGUUAUCAUGGGAAGUUGGGGUGGGGGGGAGGGGGCAAGGAGGUUUAGUGGUUUCAAUAGAAAAUUUGGUGUGGGUUUCUUUGUCUACGUGACUGGAUUGUUUGACCCCUAUCAUUUCAAGGAGCUUAGCUUGUCUGGCAGCUUUUCUACUAAUGAUUCCAUGGUAAAGUUUGUCAGCACCAGGCAAAACUUGCAUUUGUUUUCCAACCUCAUUAGUAACUUGUCAUAUUUGUUUGAGUUCCUUUAACCCCUUAAGGACACAUGACAUGUCAUGAUUCCCUUUUAUUCCAGAAGCUUGGUCCUUAAGGGGUUAUGGUAGUUUGCCAGGUCUUGGGCUGUUAAGCUGGUAGUGGGAGAAGGUACUAGAGAGCCAAGGAGAUAUGACAUUUUGGGGUUUUAGAAAUUAAGGUUGUCUGCAGCAACUUUAAGUGUUGGGAUGAUAUUAUUAGGCCCUAAUCCUCAUUCUGGUAUAAAAUUCCUCAUUUUAACCAGAAAUUAUCUUAGGUGUAUUAACUUGUAUAUGGCUGAAUAACUAUGCAUGCUAAGUUAGUCGCCAUACAGGUAACUCCCCUCAAGCACGAUAAACACUUUUAUUAAAAUACAUUGACACACAGAUAGCUAUUGCGUUUUGUUUGUUACUGUAUUAUGUUUUCUUUCAUUGUACAGUAUAUUUAUGUUUGUAGCACCAAUUUACAUUAUUUGUAUUAAUUCUCAGUAACCUUACAAGUGGCUGUGACUAUUUUGAGGCAGGAUGUGUCCCCAUGACUUCUUCUAUGGUGCAAUACAAGCUUUGCAUUCUAUAGUUUGGAUUCUAAGAAAGGUGUAUAUUAUAUAGGAAGUGCAAAGUUCCACAAUUACUUGGUAAUGCUUGAAUUCACAAUGUUACCCAUAAGACCUCACCUACAUCAAAUCUACAGCAACACUUUUACCAAGCACUUCCCACCCAUUCAUCUGUCCUGGUUUCUGCUUCAUUUAUAGCAUGCCUUUGCAAGUGUUUCAUGUCUUCCCCUUUUACCUCCUCAAUCAGAUCACAUUUUAGCAGUCUGUGCAAAAGCUUUCAAUGGCUCGCUGGCUAUUGCUUUCAAAUACCCCCUGCUCCCUACUGUCUCAGGUACAAAUCAUAAUCUUUAGAUUGCAAGCUCAAGAGCCAUCUUGCUUAGUACUAUAGCAAAAUAAAUAGUGUAUACCGCACCCAGAAUUAAAUGUACAUAAAUCUUCAGAUGAUAUAAUACUUCUACACUAAAAUAUAUAUAUAUAUUUUUUAAAAUUCUUUAUUUUUUCAUCUUGACAAAAGUAGCCAGUUAACAUUAACAUUACGGCUUAUGCAAAAGCCCGAUAAGUAGUACGCAAGUUCAAUUGUAGUUAUACAGGUGCUAAUGCAAUGCAUAAACAGUAAUUAUGGUAACGAUAUGCUGAUUUGGCUACCUGCCAAGGGAUUUUUCUUUUUUGUAAAACUUUGAUUUUGCACAAUAGACACAGCAGGAUUACAUAAACUUUUGGGCUUACGCAGAAGCCAACUUGGAUAUAAAUUUUGAAAACGUAUCGUAAAUCAGCCGAUACAACAUUGGCCCUUUCCUCGAAAUAAGAAAACGUUGGUACCUGUCGUCUACAGAGGGCUUUACAUUAUCAUACCCAAUCCCCUUUUUGUUGGUUUAAAUUCUGUGAGUUCUCUUUUGGGGAAUUUAACUGUCACCAUAAACAAAACAGGUGUAUAUACACUCUUGGGCUCACUAGGAAGCCAAAAGGAAUUACAUAGCUUGUAAAGAGAUAAUACGCAACCUGAACCUUGCAUGCGCUUUCUGCUAGAAACCCUUGGGGCCCCCAGUCUAUUAGGGUAAGUUAUGUUUUAACCAAGGGCAGGCCAGUAAGUAGAUCAAUUAGCCUCUAUGUACGCUUAUCUUUCUAGUUCUUAAGCUACAUCAUUCCUCUGACCGUAUGAUCCUGCUUGAAUAAAGAAACUAAAAACAAAGAGGUAGGAAGAAUGAGAAAAGAAAAGGAAAAGGUUGGGAUAGAAAAAACCAGAGAAAAAACGAGAAGCAAAGGAGGGGUGAAGGGAGGAUGGGGGGGGCAGCGCAGCCACGGCAUUGACAGACGUGUCACCUUCCGUACGGAUGUGUAUAUCAUGGGUUCAUUCCCAUAUGUGCGAGGCUCUCAAGCUCCGUUCGAGCCCAUUAUGCUAUUGUCCCAUGGUUCCCAUGUUUUUUGGAAUGUCGUGAUGUUCCCUCUCACCCUUGCAGUUAGAUCGUCCAUGAUUCUACACUCUUUGAUUCUGGAGAUAACCCCUGUAAAUUCUGGGCCCUCAGGUGUGAGCCACGCUAUCGCAAUCGCUCGGCGUGCACACAAAGUAAUCUUGUGUACUAGUGUCUGUUCCCUCUUUGUCCACCCGUCCACAGAUCUAUUCAGCAAGUAAAUCCACGGAUCCAGUUUUAGGGGCCAGUCAAACGUCUGUCUUACCAAAUCCUCCACGGAUCCCCAAAAACCCCGCAACUUCGGGCAUUCCCACCACAUGUGGAUGUAUGAUCCACGUACUCCGCAUCCCCUCCAGCAAUCGUCAGUCUCCAGUUUGUGCAUUCUAUGUAAUUUGAUUGGGGUAGUGUACCACCUAAACAUAGUUUUCCAAGACUGCUCCUGGAGGGUGACACAUAUUGAGACUUUAGCGUUCGCCUCCCAUAUCUCCUGCCACUCUACCCCCUCUAGAACCUCCCCGAGGUCGGUCUCCCAUUGGGCCGUAUAGGACAAUCUUCCCCAUUCUUUAUUUUCUUCACUAAGGUGUGCAUAUAGUAGCGUGAUCAUCCCCUUGGGGGCAACCCCAUCGGAACAUAAUUUCUCAUAAAAGGUGGGUUUCCCCAGGGCAGCUGUUUUAAUGUGUUGUUUUUUCGCAAAAUCCCGAAUUUGAACAUACCUGAAAAAGUCCGCAGGGGUUAGGUGGUUACCCGAUUGCAGGUCUGCAAAUUGUAUAAACUCCCCGUUUUGAUAGAGCUGAUGUAGCCGUUGUAGACCCGUUCUUUCUAUAUUGCGGAAAUCUCUGGGGGCCAUGCCGGGAGGGAAUUCUCUGUUGCGGAGGAUCGGGGUCAAGGGGGAGGGGGAUGACGCCAGCCUAUAUUUGGUGUUACAUGUGUCCCAAAUUCGAAUCGAGUUUAGGAUCGCCGGGCAUGUGACCCGUAUCAUCGGUCUGUGUUCUUUAGGAACCCAGAUCGUAAACUGUGGCACAUCAACGCCCACCAUCAUAGACUCAAUGUCUACCCACUUUCUCUCAUCUGGCGUGGAGUGCCACAUGGCGAUCUGCGUCAAUUGGGCCGCUAGAUAGUAGAAGUAAAGAUUCGGGAGGCCCAGGCCCCCCCUAUCUUUUCGUCUGUAUAAGAUCUGUUUGGAGAUUCUAUGUCUCUUAUUCUGCCAAAUAAAGUCUCCUAUAGAUCUUUGCAGGGGAAUCAGUUGCGUCUUUGUGACCCGGAUGGGUAGUGCCUGGAAAAGAAACAAUAUACGUGGAAGGAUGUUCAUCUUUACCGAAUUAAUCCUGCCUAUCCAGGAAAUAGGUUUAUCUGUCCACUUGUCGAGGUCUCCCGACAGUUCCCUGAGCAUCGGAGCGUAGUUAGCAGAAUAUAGACGCCCAGGGUCCGCUGUCAGAUUAAUCCCUAAGUACUUCAGAGAAUCCAUCUCCAUUCGUAUUUGGUAGGUCUCCUGUAAUCUAGCUGUGUCAUCUUGUGUUAGACAGAUCGGGAGGGCGCUGGACUUCUGAAUGUUUGCUUUAUAGCCUGAUACCAUACCGAAUUCCGUUAUCACAUCCUUUAUCGCCACCAUUGAUUUGUGAGGGGUUGAGAUGGUCAAAAGGACAUCGUCUGCGUAGGCCGACACCUUAAACUCUUUGUCUCCCACCCUAACACCUGCAAUGUUCGGGUGCCGGCGUAUCGCUUGAAGUAAGGGCUCGAGCGCUAAAACAAAAAGGAAGGGGAGAUAGUGGGCAACCCUGUCUUGUUACACUAAAAUAUUUAUUUUGCUAUUUGUUCACUCACGAGGUUUUGGAAUCCUUGUACUGUGUACUGCAGUCUACAGAAGGCAUCCAUUUAUUAUGCUAUAGUGAGCAGGGCCGGACUGGGAGAAAAAUUUGGCCCCGGCAUUUUUUUAACACAGCGGCCCACUAAGAACGGGGCGGGGCAGGAGGUGUGUUUUGUCAUCACCAAUGACAAACACGCCCCCUCUCGAAGUGAGCAUGGGGGUUCAAUGCUCUUCCAGGGCAGACCAUGCACAGAGCUCUGCUGAAGAGCUCUAGCAUGAGAAAAAAGCUCUGUAUUUGUUCUGCACAGUGCAAGCAAAUUUAAUAACAUGUUUGCACUGUGUUUCCAUGCAACUUGUCUCUGGUGUCUCUAUAAAUGUAUACCAGGAGACAAAAGGGCCAGGAAAGAGUAUUGUGCAUGUGUUUGGAACCUGCUUGUGGUAUUGCGUGUGUGUAGAGUGAGCUGAAUGUGGUGUGGUAUUGUGUAAUAAGGUUGGUUUUAGUCAUGUUGUGUUUGUGGUGUAAUGUGAUGCAUAUGUGGCUAUGGGCUGUAGAGAAUGUGUGUAUUGGGGAUAUAGCAAGUGUGUGCAUACAGGCUAUAGUGUGUGUGUGUGUGUAUAUAGGUGAUGUAGUGUGUGUUUGCUUACAAGGAAUCUAAUGUGUGUAUAGGGGAUCCAGAGUGUGUAUGUUAAGAGUGUAGUGUGUGUAUAUAUAUAUAUAUAUUUGGAAGUAUUGUGUAUGUGUGUGGUGCACUGUGUUGGGGGGGCUCUGUGUGUGUGAGGAUGCGGUGUGUGUGUGAGAGUGCCGUGUGUGUGAGAGUGCCGUGUGUGUGAUGGGUGAGCGAGUGCUGUGUGAGAGAGUGCUGUGUGUGAUGGGUGUGAGUGUGCUGUGAGAGAGUGCUGUGUGUGAUGGGUGUGAGAGUGCUGUAUAAAUGUUAGAAUGGAUUGUGUGUGUGUUUGGGGGAGGUAAAUAAACAAAAACAGGCAUUAAAUCCCCCCUCCCUUCUUACCUUUAGCCUGGGAGGGGGGGGGACCGGCACACUGGUGACUGGGAGGCGGGGUGGCAGUGUUCCCUGGUGGUCCUCGUGGUGAGUGAACUCUAGCCCGCAUAGCCUGUGGAGCUAGAGUUCACUCUCGCGAGAUCCGGUCGUUGCCAUGGCAACGUGCCGGAUCUCGCGAGAGGAACCCGGCGGAGCUGCAAGUUAGAGCUCCGCUGGGUCCUCCUCUCCUGGCUGGCUCCCUCCCUCUAUCCUCGCCGGCGGCCGCAUGUGGGCCAGUGAGGGAGAUCUUUGAUCUCCCCACCGGCCCGUCGUGGCAAACAGCGGGGCCGGCGCUAGGAGAGUGCCGGCCCUGCAUAAACCGGCAGGGGAGAUCUUGGGACCACCUCUGUCAGCCUUGGCCCAUGGCCACCGCGGCCCACCGGGCAUUUGCCCGGUGUGCCCGAUGGCCAGUCCGGGCCUGAUAGUGAGUGCCUAUCACCCCUGCUGUCUAGCUUAGUACUAUGUUUAAAAAGGCUGUACAUUUCUAAGCUCACAGGGUUUGAAUAUACUGUAUUGUCUGUUUUACCUGACUGUACAGCACUAUGGAAUAUGUUAGUGCUUUAUAAAUACCAAUAAUAAUAAUAAAAUGUACAUUGGCAAUUUCAACCAAAAGACGAAUGGCAGCACUUUAUAAAAUGGAUGUCAAAUUAGUAGGAUUGAGUGCCAAAGAAUUGGGACCAGAAGCCAAUGGCUUACUAUUUGGCGACAGCUUCAUGUGAGACUUCUCCAAGCACGUCUCUGCCUUUACCGCAAUAAACAAAGCCCAGUCCUUGUUAUGCAGGGUCUUUCGCUCCCAAACCCAUUGUUUUUCAUGAAGGGCUGGAUGCUAUAGGGGCCGAAACACCAGCAGAGUAGCCUUCACAGGCUACAGGCCUCGCCCCACAGACUAUUGGGCUUCAGGACGCACUCAACCCUAUCAUCUGCAAUUCUUCAACAACCAAGGAUCUAUUCGAGGACAUGGCUCUGCCUCCCUACACGGAUGUACUGCUUCAGGUAAUAAACCUUCCUUAUUUAAAUGUACCGAUUGCACUACUUUCAGCAAGCUAGAGUGUUUUAGAGGUCUGUAGUGUCCCUUUAAACAGCUCACUGAAGUGGUCUGAGUGCAAUGUCCCAUGUCACUUAGCCCUACAGUGGUAAUUAUUGCAGUCUCUGAGAAACUGCAAUAAUUACCUUGCAGGGUUAAGUCCUCUUCUAGCGGCUGCCACCAGAGGGACUUCCGCGUGCUUAGACGACUUUUGGUCAUCUAAACGACGCUGGACGUCCUCACACUAUGCAUGAGGACUUCCAGUGUCAUCAGAAUCCACAUAGGAAAGCAAUAAAUAAUGCUUUCAUAUGGGAAAAUCCUAAUGUGAGUGCAACCUUUGCUGCGCAUGCGCAUUAGGUCUCCCCCGCCGGCUCACAUCGAUUCAGGUGAUGUGGGAUCGGGGGUGCGAGGGAGGGGGGCACCACAGGAUUCAACAGUGCCUGGAAAAUGGGUUUGUUUUCCUGGCACUAGAGAAUCCCUUUAACAGCUGUGUAACUACCAUAUGGCGAUAUCUCUGUAAGUGAAACCUUUCACUAUAAACUGUUGCACAUACAGUCUCCAAAGCACUAUUACCACUUCAAAUUACUGCAGUGCUCCUGGUGAUUAGUGUGUCCCUUUGUCGGUGUUUCUGACUUCAGUUUUGACUUCAGCAACUCAAAGGAAUGUUCUACUGGGUUGACAUCAGGUGAAUGAUUUGGCAAUUGCAGAAUUUUCCACUUACUUCGGUUGCUUCUGCAUUAUGUUUUGGGUCUGUAUUGUAAAUCGCCAUCCUAUCAGUUUUGCAAUAUUUGGUAGAGGGUAUAGCCCUAUACUCUUCAGAAGACAUCUAGCUGCUUCUGUCAGCAGUCAUAUCAUAAAUGAACACUGGCGACUAAGUUCCAUUGGCGGCUGUCCGUGCCCAUGCCAUAACACUGCCUCCACCAUGUGUCACAGAUCAUAUGGAAUGCUUCUCAUAUUUUUGUCAUCCCUUUGUGUGCCAAGAAAGGGCUUAUGGCAUGAGCUGAUGCAUAGUAACCCAUUUAGAAAACUCAAAAAUGCUCUGGAGGUUUUUGGAAUUCAUUGACAUUCUGAACAUCAGUUUCCACUUCUUGUGCUGCUGCUAUUCAAGUGUUCUCUGAAGAACAAUUAGGGCAGCAGAUAUUGACAAUUUUGCAAGAAAAGGUUCAAGUGGCUUCUUUCUAAUUUAUAAAAAUUUUCUUGGCAUAAAAUUUUGUCUAUACUCUUUUUAUUUUUCUUCUCACUCUCUCUCUCUCUUUUUUUAAAGGGACACUAUAGUCACUCAGACCACUUCAGCUCAAUGAAGUGGUCUGGGUGCAGUGUUCCUGUCCUUUUAACCAUUCAAUGUAUACAAUUGCAGGUGUUUUGCUUUUUUUAAAAAAAAUUUUUUAAAGAAAUUGCAAUGUUUAUAUUACAGAGUUAAAUCCACCUCUAGUAAUUGUCAGUAUGACCGCCACUGAAGUCACUUCCACUGCACUGACCGAGUUGUCACACGAAGCGGAAGCCCACAGGAAUCCAUUGAAUACAAUGCCUUUCCUUUGGUGAAGCUUUGAUGUGCUUGCUGAGCAUGCGCAUCAGGUCCCCAAUGCUGCUCUAUGAGGAGCAUUGGGUUGGACCAUCAUGGAGUGGGCUGUGCAUCUUCCAUUACAUUUUGGGAGGCGGAGAGGUGAACAGCGCCAAGUGAACCUCAGAGCUGGAAAAAGGCAAGUAAAAUUAAUUUCAUUUAAAAUUAUGGAGCUAAAACAGGGUCAGUGUAGUGUUAGUAAUACAGGUUUGUAUUCCUAAUGCUAUAGUGUUCUUUUAAAGGACCACUAUAGUGCCAGGAAAACAUACUCGUUUUCCUGGCACUAUAGUGCCCUGAGGGUGCCCCCACCCUCAGGGUCCCCCUCCCGCCGGGCUCUGGGGAGAGGAAAGGGUUAAAUCUUACCUUUUUUUCCAGCGCCGGGCGGGGAGCUCUCCGCCUCCUAUCCUCCUCUUCGGCUGAAUGCGCAUGCGCGGCAGGAGCUGCGUGCGCAUUCAGCCUGUCUCAUAGGAAAGCAUUCGUAAUGCUUUCCUAUGGACGCUGGCGUCUUCUGACUGUGAUUUUCACAGUGAGAAGCACGCAGACGCCUCUAGCGGCUGUCAAUGAGACAGCCACUAGAGGCUUUAGAGGCUGGAUUAACCCAUUUAUAAACAUAACCGUUUCUCUGAAACUGCUAUGUUUAUAAAAAAAAAAAAAGGGUUAAUCCCAGAGGGACCUGGCACCCAGACCACUUCAUUAAGCUGAAGUGGUCUGGGUGCCUAGAGUGGUCCUUUAAAUUUUACUUUUUGCCACGGCCAUUGCCACGGCCAUGACUUGUGAAAUGGAAAAGUAUAUCCAUAUUUAUUGUAAUUUUCUUUUCCUGUUCAUGAGUGGGGAAACUCAGACUGGUUUUUGUUUUAUUGUAAGUGUGUAAGUUUAGGGAUAAGGAGCAGGGAAGGGGCAAUCGGGCAAUGAAUUAUAUAAAGAUGUAUAAGGAUUUGUGAGGAAAUUGGGCAACCUGACAGGGAGUGAGGAGAGAACAGAGCUGGAUUACCCAAUCUGCAACCAAUGCGGCUGCCUAGGGCCUGGACCUGGGGCUCCAGUUCUGAAAGGACCCUUUGCAUGCUGGCAGGAAUAUUAAAAGAUCUCCAAUUGCAGCCUUGCGCUCCCUCACUUCAUAGAAGAAGCAUUGUGGUCUGUACCAAUAGCAGGCAAGACCACUUUAAGAGCAUCCUUGUAGUCUACCAUUGCUUCUUGAUGACUCUGAGAGCACUCUUAAAAUGGUGUAUACCUGAUAUUGGUAUAAAUGAUGGAGCUCCCCCACCAGGGAUCCAGCUCACCCACCAAUGGCCUACCGAGGACUCUGCUCAUCCUCCACUGGACCGCUAGUGAAGGUAAGCAAGGGGGGUAUAAAAACAUAUACAUACGACAGUCAGGCUCCCCUACUUGCAGAUAGGCACAAAAUGAAAGCGGCUCUGUCACACAGUAACCUUUUUAUUUUUUUUAAAUAUUCCCUUCUCCCAGGUUUCCCCUAAAGUUUCCCUUUUAAUAUAUUUUUCUUAAUAAAUCAUCCCUUUGCGUAGCUGGAUCCACAUUCCCUGCGCUGUCAUCUUCUAAGUGUCAGAAGUGACAUAAGUUCACUGCCUUUUCUUGAGCACAGUAUAUGAAGCACUUUGGAGACGACCACUCAUGCUCAAUAAGCACUGAGGGAUUAAAAUGGAACUGGGCAUCAAAAAUCUCGCAAGACAAUGGAGGCAGGACAGCAUAGAGGUGAGUAUUGUGGGAAAGCUUGCCUUAAGCUACACCCUUUUGUCACAAUUGUCACAAUUGUCAAGCUUAGGAAAAAUAGUAGUCCCUACUUUGUCUUAUGUAUUAAAGAAAAAUGGAUCAGAAAUGAAGACAAGAAGAACAGAUUGCAAAUCAGGGAGAGAAGAGGAGACAAUAGAAGGAAGGUAAGUUUGAGGGGACAGAGCCACUUUAAGCCACUACACACACACAACACUCAACCGGCACACACUGACAACACACCCUGCACCCCCAUACAGCUUUUUCAAACUCAACACUUAGUCAACACAACACAUAUAAACAGAGUGGUGGGGACCCCAGUUUGGCACCCUGACUAAGGCACUUGGCAACCUUUGUCUGGUGACUUGAACACCGGCUCUGAGAGAGAAGGGGGCAGCCUGGUGUGGAAUGUAAUAUGUGGUGAAAUGUUUUAUAUUGUUUUGGUCUAAAUAGUAGCAUAAUAGGAAAUGUCGUUCUCAAACAUGUGAAGCCAUUUAUCAAACACUGCCUUACAGACCUAAUAACAGAAACUGCUGUGCUAGUAAACUAAGCUCGGGACUGGUCUAGGAGCAUGCUAGUCUACGACAUAUUAACUUUUUAGAAGCUGGACAUAAGUACAAUUCAACUUCCUUGAAUAUCCUUUCUUGUGUUACUGUUCCUUUAAUGAAGGAGUGUGUUGGGCAGUGCUGAUCUACCAGGGGCGGAGUAGGAAGCAGGAAAGACACGAGCUAUAUCAUUUCUGUGAGCUGACAGACCAUUCCUCCUGGUUUAAUAGUGAGUGUUCUAAUAUGAUUUAAGUUGCUAUCUAUGUAUCUUGAAGUCAUGUAAUAUGUCAGUGUGCUAUUAAUGCUUAGCUAUAGCCGGGGUCAUGCUGUGGGUUUCUCUGAAUAUAGUGAUCAGACAUUCCUAUGCUUGUCUGUUCUGGUUUCCAUUGUUUGUAUGAUCGGCUGUACCUGAAUGCUUUGUACCGGUGGAUUUAUAAUCCAUGCACUGGGUGUUUACCUGUCAUGGUGCACACCAAUUCAUUUAUGCGUUCUGAUUUGAUAGAAAAUGUAUAGAUUUUAUGAAAGAUCUUCAUAAAUAUAUAGUCCCUCAAUCUCACCAGUCACUAAGUCCAGGUAUAGAACACUAUGGUGUUCUAAGAACCGAGUCACUGGGAGAAUUGGAAAACCCUCCUAAAGGCAACAUGCUGUAACCUGACAAAAGAUGCUGAUUUAACUGAAUAUACGACAGAAAUGUCACCGGGAUUACUUUACCCAAACCAUAAACAGAAAUGUUUAUUUAUUUAAAUGAAAUACCUCCCCAAUAAUGUCUGCUGCGUGUUGUUUGUUCUUCCUUGAAGCCUAUAAAUGCGAUCUUAUUGUGUCACAUGAUUUAUAGACUGUUUCCAUAGCAACAAAAGCAGAUAGGCAUCUUAAAUAUUUUAUUUUGAAAGAUUGAAAAUGCUAAAGCACUCAGUUAAAGGGAUACUCCAAGCACCAUAACCAGUACAACCUAUUUUAGAGGCAUGGUAACACCCACAUGCACUCAUAAACUGGCCACCAUUUUUUUUUAAUGUGCAUGUUGAAGAGAAAGUGUGGGACAGUGUACACUUUGGAGACAUACAUAGCAAAUAAGAAGUGUAUAGGAAAGUGUAUAACAAAAAUCAGCACACUUUUAUAUAUUUAAAGGGACACUAUAGUCACCUGAACAACUUUAGCUUAAUGAAGCAGUUUUGGUGUAUAGAACAUGCCCAUGCAGCCUCACUGCUCAAUCCUCUGCCAUUUAGGAGUUAAAUCCCUUUGUUUAUGAACCCUAGUCACACCUCCCUGCAUGUGACUUGCACAGCCUUCCAUAAAAACUUCCUGUAAAGAGAGCCCUAUUUAGGCUUAAGUUAAGCCUAAAUUCUGUUUAAUUAAGAUUUUCUUAUCCCCUGCUAUGUUAAUAGCUUGCUAGACCCUGCAAGAGCCUCCUGUAUGUGAUUAAAGUUCAAUUUAGAGAUUGAGAUAUAAUUAUUUAAGGUAAAUUACAUCUGUUUUGAAAGUGAAACCAGUUUUUUUUUUUUUUCAUGCAGGCUCUGUCAAUCAUAGCCAGGGGAGGUGUGGCUAGGGCUGCAUAAACAGAAACAAAGUGAUUUAACCCCUUAAGGACGGAGCCAAAUGUACACGUUGUGAACAAAACAAAAUGUAAACAAAACCUGGCAUUUGCGCUACAUGUCUGUCCAACCGUAAUUCACCUCUUUCAUAGUAAAUGCACCCACCCUUAUUAUAUAUCAUUUUAUUCAGGGGAAACAGGGCUUUCAUUUAAUAUCAAAUAUUUAGCUAUGAAACAUAAUUUAAUAUGAAAAAAAUGGGAGAAAAUACGAUUUUAUUGGAUUUUUUUAGUUCUACAUGACAUUUUAAACGGUCAGUGUCAUAAUACUGUUUGCUUUUACUGCAAUAAAAUACACAUAUUUGUAUUCAGCAAAGUCUCACGUGUAAAACAGUACCCCCUAUGUACAGGUUUUAUGGCGUUUUGGGAAGUUACAGGGUCAAAUAUAGCACGUUACAUUUGAAAUUGAAAUUCGCCAGAUUGGUUACGUUGCCUUUGGGACUUUAUAGUAGCCCAGGAAUGAAAUUUACACCCAUAAUGGCAUACCAUUUGCAAUAGUAGACAACCCAAGGUAUUGCAAAUGGGGUAUGUCCAGUCUUUUUUAGUAACCAUUUGGUCACAAACACUGGCCAAAGUUAGCGUUAGUAUUUGUUUGUGUGUGAAAAAUGCAAAAAACGCCAAUUUUGCCAGUGUUUGUGACUAAGUGGCUACUAAAAGACUGGACAUACCCUGUUUGCAAUACCUUGGGUUGUCUACUAUUUAAUGGUAUGCCAUCAUAGGGGUAAUUUUCAUUCUUGGGCUACCAUAGGGUCUCAAAGGCACCGUAACCAAUCUGGCGAAUUUUAAUGUGAAAAAAAUGAAACGCAAGCCUUAUAUUUGACGCUGUAACUUUUGAAAACACCAUAAACCUGUACAUGAGGGGUACUGUUGUACUCGGGAGACUUCACUGAACACAAAUAUUUGUGUUUCAAAACAGUAAAAAGUAUCAUAGCAAUAAUAUUGUCCGUUUAAUGCUGUUUGUGCGUGAAAAAUGCAAAAAACGUCACUUUUACUGGCGAUAUCAUCGUUGUAAUACAUUUUACUGUUUUGAAACACUAAUAUUUGUGUUCAGCGAAGUCUCCCGAGUAGAACAGUACCCCCCAUGUACAGGUUUUAUGGUGUCUUGGAAAGUUAUAGGGUUAAAUAUAGUGCUAAAUUAAAAAUAUUAUACCUAAUUAUUACAUAUAUAUAUGUAGAAUCAAUAUAUGUAUAUAUAUACGUAUGUGUAUAUAUAUGUAUAUAUCUAUAUAAUUUUUUUUAAAUAUUUUUAUUUAUAUAUAGGUAUAUAUAUAGUGAUAUAUACGUAUAUAUUUAUGUGUAUAAAUAUAUAUAUUAUUUCGUUCUAUGUGUAUUUUGAUAUAUAUAUAUAUAUAUUAAUUUCACAAUACAGUUAGAACGAAAUAACACACAUCUAUAUAUUUUUUAAUUAUUUAUUUUUAAUUAUUUUUGUAAUUUUAUUUUUUAACGUAUUUACAUUUUAAUUUUUUUUAUAAUAUAUAUAAAUAUAUAUAUAACAAUAAUUAUAUAUAUAUUUAAUCAGUAUCAGUGUACGUGUAAUUUGAUAUUAAUAUAUAUAUAUAAUUAUAUAUAUAUUAAUAGUAAAAUACACCUAGACGGUGUACAUGUGUGUAUGUAUAUGUGUAUAUAUAUACUUUGAUCAUAUAUAUAUAAUAUAUAUAUAUGAUCUAAGUAUAUAUUAUUUAUUUUUUUACACUAUUUAUUUAUUUCAUUUUUAUUUUCAGCCAGCAGGGGGACCACCUGUCAUUACAGGCAGCCCCCCUGCCGGCAAUACAGAAGCCAGCUAUCCCCGGCCAUGUGAUUGUGGGGUCCUCGCUAGGACCCCACUCUCACACGGCCGGGGGGCUUCCUGGAGGACGGUCGUGCCGCGGGGGGCUCCCUGGGAGUCCCCCCCACCGCGAUCGCCGGCGUGGGACCGCCGGCGACCGGGUAAGUACAGAAAGACCGGAGGGCGUACUAUUACGCCCGGCGGCGUUUAGAGCCGCCUAUUAGAGGACGUAAUAGUACGCCCUCCGGUCUUAAGGGGUUAACUCCUAAAUAACAGUGACUUGAGCAGUGAAAUUGCAAGGGAAUUAUCUAUACACUAAAACUGCUUUAUUUAGCUAAAGUAAUUUAGGUGACUAUAGUGUUCCUUUAAGGAAUAGUGACAAGAGUAAGUACAGAACAUCUGAGAGGAUGCAAUGUUUCAAAAGUAUGAAGCCAGCAGGAGUAUCUAUACAUAAGUAGCAGAGGUUAUACAAUCUUCUUUUGUUGAUUAGGCAUGUAUGUCUGAACACGGAUGUAGAAAAAACGCAAUAGUACACAUAGCCUCUCAGAUAUAAGGGAGAGUGACUAAGUAUAGAUGUAGUAACAAGCUUAUCAGACAUAUGAAACAAAUUAGACGAUGGUAUUGCUGGGAAAAUGGCGAUUAAUAAAUGCAAGCAAACAGUGAGUCCUGAUUUAUAACUAGGGUUGGUAGCUGAAAUAGAGGCAUCACCUGGCAUUCACCCGUUACCGUGAGUAGGCUGUAAGAAGCAGUUCAUCUCAAUGAUCGGUAUGAUGUUGCUGUGUAGCCGGUUCUCAUACUGCGGAGUCUUGAAUGGUCUGCUGAGUUGUGCUUUGUCUCCCACCCUGGCUUUAAGAAGGGCCAGAGUUGUGAUGCUAAUGGUUCUUCUCCUCCUUUUGGUGGAAACCCGUGCCCUAAGGAACUCUGGCUUUUGGGGAUCUCCCCAUUUGCAUAGGUGGUGAGAGGUACGCACACAUUCAGAGAGGCCAUUGGCUUUGAGCAUGGUCGAUGGACCUUAGCAGCGUCCUUACUCUGCAGUUCGGCAAGAGAGGUGUGUGCUGUAUGCAUUUCCAGAAUGCUUUACAGAUUUGGUCAAAUUGAGCCUCAAAAUUCUCCCUCCAUUGCCAUAUUUCUGGGCCCUCCCGAGACUGCAAAGGUUGAGGCGGCAUUUUGGAUUUGUCAUGCGGUCUGCUCAGCAAGAGAUCCCGCCGUAGCAGAUAAGUAUGUUUCCCCAGCGGGGACCGGGAUAACCCCCACUGGUCCAAAGGGGGGAGGGGCUGCGGGGUUCCUGGAUUGUAGCUUGUCAAAGUGAUCGUCCGCCUCUCCCGGCUACCAGGUCGUCUCUUGUAUUAGGCCACAUGGUCAUACUGCAGUGUUUCUUGUCAGAUUGGUGUGGGACUUGUGUCCAGAAGCUCUCAUUCAAUUCAGCAGUGAAUCAUUUGCAUACAGGGCUGUAAAUAUCUUGAUUUUGGGCAGUGAGGGUUAGAAUUAGGUUUAGCUGUGUCAGAGCACUCAAAAAACACAUCCUGCCAUCUUGGCUGCCAGGCCCCGUCCCUGUUAAAAAUCUUUUUCUGAUUUCUGACACUGUCACUUUUUUACCACAUAUCAUUUUAGAAUUCACUCAAUAUGGUGCUUUUCCUAACUAAAAUGUUAUGAAGUCAGAAAUUCUAAACCUUUCCACAACCCAGAGACAUACUUACUAAAACUAGCUCCUAUGGCUAGCACGGAAAUCGCGUACCUUACAACCGUGUCCAAUCAUCUGACACCCAUCUUUUAGAUAACAUCACCAUAAAAUCAUCUAAAAUAUACAAGCUUUUUGUAGUGUGUGUGUGUGUGUGUGUGUGUGUGUGUGUGAGAUGUGAUGUAUGCUGGCUGGAUGCUCAAACUCUAACCAGAACCAGAUGUGUGUGUGUGUGUGUGUGUGGGUGGUGGGCUGGCUUUAUGUGGAGUGUGUUGUGAGCUGGUGUUAUGUAGUGUUUGUAUGUGUGAGGUCAGCUGGCUUUAUGUAUUGUGUGUGCUGGCUGUAUGUGAUGUGUGUGGUGACUGCAUGUAAUGUGUUUGUAGUCGUGCUCUGUGUAGCCCCCUCCUGCUUGGUUUUCUUCAAGAAAGGAGGCUAUGAUACAUUGUGGUCCAAAAGGGGUAAGGCUCAUAUUCCCUGUUGGAGCAGAGAAUUCUUACAUCCUUUUUUUUCCUCACUACUUUGGUUACCAGCAUAUCAGCAGCCUGCCAUUAAAUUAUAAAUUAUCCUAGCUUUUGUGAAAAGAUAAAACAAUCAGGUUUUAUAAGGCCUCCCCACAGGAAGUACCUCCACUUUCUUUGAUGACAUAUAACGAUUAGUAAAAGAAACAAAAGUGAUAAACCAGCAAGAACCAGAAGCAUGCUCAAACAAGCAGGCAAUAUAUUUUGCUGAAGAAGGAAUUCAGGCAAUAUACUCCUCUCAUGAAGAAAUUCCAGGAGACAUUACACUGAAAAAGAGAAGACAAUUUGUGAAAGGAAAUGAUCUUGCAGCUAAAAACAAGAACUAAAAUAAGUGAUAAAUGUAAAGGCAUAUUACAGAUCAAAUACAAAAAAAAUAGGUCCUGGGCUCCAACUCCCAUCACUCCUGGGCGGCAGCAAUGACCAUAGUACACAUCAGCCCCAAUACAUACAGUAAAGACCAAAGGAAAAAAGUUAUCUGCACUCUCUCUCAAUUCCCUAUGCACAUUUAAAAAAAUUGAGGUAAUUUAGUUUCUCCAGUGGCCAUGAGAGAUUUUAGCCCACCUGCCAACGUUAAGUGAAACCCCUCAGGUGGGUCCUACACUAACCUUUCACCUUGCUUCCUUGAGCUUCUGUCAAAGACAUCUCCAAUGAGACAGAGGGGUAUUUUUUAUAUACACCCCUAUAUACUUAUUAACCCUUAAUAGGGAACACAUGGGAUGGGUGGCAGCAUUGCAACAUAUUACAGAUCAAAUUUUACUUCAUGACAGGUUUCAUAUUUUGCUAUUUUAACACUCUGAUAACGGUGAAAAAUCAGCUUGUGAAGAUGGGCAAAAAUAAAAUGUAUGAAAUGUAGUUUCUACUCUUCUACGAUUUUAUUCUGAUGACCAGAGCAGGAAAGGAUUGAAACUCCCUCCUAAUACUUAUAUCAGCCUAAUCAGCAAAGGGAAAAAUCUGGCAGGUGUUACUGCUGGGGUGCGCUUGGCGCACCAUGCUCUACUAUGUACAUUGUACAACGCAGAGUUCCGUACAAAAUACGUAUAAUGAUUGUGAACCGGGAAUAACUUGUUAGCCACUGCGGUUUACUUAAUCCUAAAGUUGUGGUGGGAAACCGAUAAUAGAUUGUCCAGGAAGCCACAUGUGUAACAUAUAAUAACUGUUUCAUAAUAACCGUUUUAGGAAUGAUACUUUGUUGCGAUGCAUGCGCUGUUUCAUAUGUUACAAAUCUCAGAUUUUGAAUGAUUACACAGAUGAGAGACAUGGGGGGCCUGUAGGGGACUUUCUCUGCUCCUUUUCUCUUUACUUAUCUCUCGCAUCUUUCUUUGCUGUCCUCUCUCGCAGACCUUACUACAUUGACAUGGAGGUGGGAAGGACUGACUUACACAACUGACACAGGAAGCCUUAUGGAACCACAAGCAGAUAUAGACAAAAGCUAUUAUUGGGGAAGGCUAUAUAAUUUUACUUAGAAUGAAACAUGAGCAAUUAUACAACACCUGAUAACGCAAAUUGAACCGUACAAGCUGUAUAUCUGUGUAAUAUCUUCAUGUAUGUAUGUGGUGGGGCCUGCAUGCGUACAACUCUUCUGUAUCCAUAUCUAUAAAAACUCAAUAAAAAAAAAAAAAAAAUUCACAAAAAAAAGAAAUGUAGUUUCUAGCGACCAGUCUACUGAGUUCAUAAUACCGACAAGUGAAGCUCUUGAGGACAAAGCACAAGACAGCAUUUCCCUUCAGAUUGUGCUCCAAAAAAGGAGUCAAUACCCAGGAGAGAAAGAAGCCAGCAAACCAGAGUCUUAACUGUGUGGCUUGACAUACGAAACCAAAUCACCUUCUCCCUGACUUGAUUCACGUGGACCAGACGGGAUUCAUCCCAGGUCGAGAGGCCAGGGACAGCACCCUGCGACUCUUCUCCAUCCAACACCAUGCGAGGAAAUCAGGUAUCCGGUUACUAUUACUAUCCACUGACGCGGAAAAGGCAUUUGACCGGGUCAACUGGGCAUAUAUGAUGUCAACGUUGAAACACCUGGGAUGUGGUCAAAGACUCCUCAAAUGGAUAUCCGCCCUGUAUAAUAGCCCACGCGCAACGGUAAGGGUCAACGGAGCCACGACUGCUGAUUUUGCAAUUAGCAAUGGGACCCGACAGGGCUGCCCCCUCUCGCCGUUGCUUUUCGCAUUGACCCUAGAGCCAUUGUUGCAGGCAAUUCGGCUGAACCCAGACAUACAGGGAUACGAAGCCCAAGGUGAACAACAUAAAGUGGCUGCUUAUGCAGAUGACCUCCUCUUCUUCGUCCGCAACCCCAGGACCACAUUGCCAUGCCUCCUCUCGGAAUUUGAUAAAUUUGGACGGAUAUCUGGAUUUAAACUUAACAUCUCAAAAUGCGAGGUCCUGAACAUCACACUUCCCACAGAAGAAUUCCUAUCAUUGGAAUCACAAUUCGCGUUCCACUGGUGCCACGGCAGGAUGAAAUACCUAGGCGUAUGGGUGACCACGAACCCAAGGGAUAUAUUGCGACACAAUUUUUCACCCCUAUUGAAGUCUGUUCUCGCAGACAUGCGAAACCAAGAGCUGGCUGGACUGAGAACCACAAAGUGGUGCAAUAGCAUAGACAUAACAACGAAGGGCAUUGACAACACAAAUAUUUGGAACUUUCUGAAAAAAGGGAUAAAAAAAAAAAACACAGUUAGGAAGUUGAAGCAUCAAUAUUGAUUGUGUGGAUGGUCGAAAUACAAAGAAAAAAUCAACGAGGGGGUACAUGAUGACAUAACAGCGCAUGUAUCUUAAGGAGGAGUUUGACGGGGAGUGUGAAGUGGUCAAUACUGGUGUUUGAGGGGAAGUGCACACGAUCACCAAGCUGAUACACAGUCAUGCCUCCCUAAAUAUAGCAAAAUCUUACUGUAUUCAAGCCUGAAGCUGUAGAUCUGCAUGCUAUUUGCCUCAGAAAAACAAGCUGGGUACUUCACUGGGAACAGAACAAGCAAAAACCUUACAAAAAAGUAAUUCUAAAAAUAGAAUUAAUAGGUUAGUAGAUGGAAGUGAAAUAUUCUCAAUCCCAGUGAAAAUAGACCAAAAAUGUAAUGAAUUUUAUAAUAAAUUGUAUAAUCUUGGGCUUUCUGCGGAUGAAGAAAUAAUAAAAAAAACUUUAAAAAUAUGAAUAGAUAACAAAAUCAGACUUACUAAAAUUUUAAACGCUUGCUUUACCACUAAAGAAGUAGAUAGAGAGAUAGGAAAGUUGAAUGUAUAUAAAACCCCAGGCCCUGAGGGAUUUAGCAACCUAUUUUAUAAAACUUUUAAACAAGAACUUAUUCAGCCUUUGACUAAUUUUAUAUAAUGAAAUAGCUAACAAAUCAAAACCGCCAAAAGAGCUGCUGCAGGUCAACAUAUUACCAAUGUUAAUAAUUAUUAUUACCAGAUGUCCACAAUUAUAUAUGCUGCUAUAAUAGCAACUUGAAUGAAGUUGAUAAUAGAAAACAUGAUUAAUUUGGACCAAAUAGGUUUUAUUACCGGUAGAUCGGCUAGUAACUGCACUAGAAGAAUCUUGGACAUAAUCGAUCAAUCCCGCAGAAGCGGACAACCCCUCCUGGCUCUGUCACUAGAUGACGAGAAGGCCUUUGACAGUCAGUUGGGCCUACCUUGCUAAUGUUCUGGAGUCCUUUGGUGUAGAGGGAUGGAUCCAUGGCGCUAUUAUAGCGCUAUAUUCAGACCGCUCUGCUAGGACCAUAGUAGCCUAUAUAUGUGCAGAGUGGUUUGAGUUACGAAACGGAACAAGACAGGGUUGUCCCCUGUCUCGACUACUGUAUAUCUUAUUGCUUGAACCACUAGCUAUUAAUAUUAGAGAAAAAAAAGGGGUAGAAGGCUUCCAUACGAAAGUUCGGCACAUAAAAAUAUCCCUAUAUGCGGAUGAUAUAUUGUUAUCUUUAACAUCACCUGCUACCUCUCUCACAUGCCUAAUGCAGGAAAUCAAAAAAUAUAGUGCUAUAUCAAAUGACAAAUUAAAUGUGUCAAAAUCGACAGCGUUAACUAUUAAUAUUAACAUUAAAAUAUUAAUAUUAAAAAGACAAUUUGAGUUAAUUUGGACUAAGAACGAAACUAUCUAGGAAUAACUAUAACAGCAAAUGUAGAAAGAACCAUGGAAGUCAACGUUCUAAAGUUAUUAAAAUACACUAACACGACAUUGAAAGAGUGGCGGUCAAUGGACAUAUCCUGGCUCAGCAGAAUUAAUACUAUAAAUUCAUACAGUGGUCCUUUCUAUUUUUAAUGUUACCACUUAAAAUUCCGAAGGGUUGGCUCAACAUGAUUCAAGAUAAGAUUAUAAAAACUUGCCGUUUAUCUUCUUUAGAAGACAACAUGUCAGAAUUAUCUCUAAAACAUUGGCCUAAUAUAAAUAAAAUUACUAUUGAGGAUAUUGCUCACCAAGAUCAAUUAUUAAUUUUUCCAGAUAUUGUGACAAAACUUCAAAUAUCUACUAAGGUAUAAUAGGUGUUUACAUUUCUACGUAAUAAAAUUUUUUUAUACAUACAACUCUGUUAAAAUCUCCAUCAAAUAUUCAGAGUCACAUGGAACAAAUGUUCUGUUGUGAGAAGGUGAGGGAAAAUCACUUCUAAAGCUAAUCAGAUGAUCGAGGCAAUAAACGACAAACCUAUUAAAAUAGUAAACACCUGGAAUAACGAGUUAGGAACUAUGUUUUUUGAAACUGAAUGGUGUGUGGUAUUAAGACAAUUAUAUAAAAAUGUUAAUUGUUUACAUUUAAUUGAGUGCCAAUUUAAGAUUAUGUACAAGUGGUAUCUCGUUCCAUUGAGACUAUCUAAAAUGUAUUCCAACUAUAACCCAAAUUGUUGGAGAUGUGGAAAUCCUGCUGGCACAUAUUUACAUAUCUGGUGGUCCUGCCCAUUAGUGAAAAUAAUAUGGAAAUGGGCAUUUGACAACUUUAGGCUUUUAUCAAACGAAUAUGUAAACCGGGGUGCCGAUUCCGCAUUAUUACAUAUGAAUCUAGAAUCAUUCUCAAAAGAUAACCGAUGUCUGGCAAUACAUAGUUUUAUUGCAACAAAGAUUGUGAUUGCCAGAAAUUGAAAGUCAAGUAUAACUUUUCAAAAAAAUAUUUAUUUUCAACAAUUAAAGUUUCAGUUUCGGAUGAAAAAGGAAAUGUUCAAUUUAAAUCCCCAAAAACAAAAUUAAAAAAAUCUGUUCGACAACUGUCUAAGUAAUAUGUAAACUCAACAAAUUAAAAUAUUACUCCUUGCAAUAGUGAAAAGGUUAAAGAUACAGGAAUAAGAACGUUAAUCUCCUCAUCUGCAUAGUUUAAGUAAUAUGUGUUUAUAUACUCGUGCGUCUUAAUUAAGUGGUGUUAGGCUAUGCUAUUUUAAAUGUUUAAAUUGAUGAAUAUUCCAACAGUGAUUAUCAUGUUUACUUGAAUUACUAAGGUGCAUGUAUAUGCCUAAAAUGUUAUGUUAUAAUGGUAUAUGUGAUAUAUAUAAAAAAAGAAAAGACUAAUCAGGCAAGCCCUGAAUGGGAAUAUGUGCCUCCAAAAUGGCCGAACGGACAGCGUGAAUAGACUGAUACAAGCUGCCAUUGAAAAAAAAAAAAGCAAUAAAGGGGUCCUUGCCCAAAUAUGAGUUGUUUGAUUAAGCACUCCACUGCGGUGGUGACGACAACAUUUAUCAUAGCGUGGAUAUCAGGAUUGCUAUUAAACUCCUCAUAUUAUUGGCAGGUGUGGGACAGGUAAUACUACACACUAAAAGAAAUCAAAUAGAUACGUAUUAUUGUGGGUGUCGCCCAUACAAAGGGACACAACAGCACCAAUUAGAGCUUAGUAUUAUGCAACAGUAUUCGCAAUAGCAGUACAAAAUAUAUAUAAAUAUAGACCCUUAUACGGUGAACAGGUAGACUAAACGGGCACCAAAUAAGGGGCACAAAAGAGCACCAGUCAAAGAUAUUGUCAGAAUGCAGAGGGGUCUGUAUAAAAGCUCACCCAGUCAUAAUAAUCUAGUACAGGGCUUGAAAAAUCACAGGUGCCAGGGCAAAAUUCCUUGUCGCCAUGGUGACCUGGGUGCUUUUUCAGCCCAGAGGGUGGAGGGGGAAUGCAGGCGGGCUGCUAGGGAGCUCUGCUCCCUUGUGUGCCCUGCUGUGAUGCCGGGAGCCGGAAUAUGAUGUCAUUCCGGCUUCGGCAUCCCUAAACAGCGUGAGAGGUAGCAGAACUUGAAGAUUUCAGCACAGCUCCACAGUGGUCCCCAGAGAAAGUCAAUCCACUCUAACUCUCCUAAAGUUGGGGGGCUGGGUAAAUUUUAAAUAAAAAGCAAAUAACAAUUUGUGUGUUUGUCAGUGAGUGUGUCUGUCUCAAUGAGUGUGUAUCUUUGACCAGCUCCCCUCUGAUCGCCUGGGAAAGGUGUUUUUACUCUCCUUUUUUCCCACACCGUAAGAUGAUCUUGGCCAAGCCAAUGCUUUACCAUAGGAAGGCUACUGCGCAAUGUGUGGGAAAAACGCACCGCAAAACGUAGCACGUUCAGCUCCUCUAUGCAAAAUGAGGAGACGUUGAAAGUAGUGCUGCACACUAUGCAGCACUGGACUAAGAAGCUUCUCUUGUGGCCGCCCGAGUGACUGUCAAUAGAGGGGUUACUAGGCAACAAUGUAAACACUGCCUUUUCUCCAGAAAAGCAGGGUGUUUACAUUGAAAAACCUGCAGGAACAGACUCUAGACACCAGAACCACAACAUUAAGCUGUAGUGGUUUUUGUGACUAUAGUGUUCAUUUUUAGUUGGCUCCUAGAUUCCAAGAAAAUUUGUCAAGUCCUGUUGUAGUAUCCCUCUGUCAGCUACUUGAGUGCAGAAAUAGUGUGGGGUCACUCUUAGAAGACAGGAUAUACUGUAUGGGGGCUUACCCAGACAUAAACCAUGCAUGUCCCAACUAUAGAAGGGCUGUGAGGCAGGGGUCACAUAAUGAGAAACCUACAAAGCUGUAGGCGAUAUAUAUUUUUUUUUAAGGAACCCUAUAAGGUCAAUGUAUUCCUGACCCUAUACUUUUAAAAUCAUUAUCUAGCACCCCUGCCCCCGCCCCCUCUUGCCCUUAAAGUCUUUUAUUCCAGACUGCCAGUUCUAGCUCUGCCACCGAUCUGCCUCCUUGGCUGACAUCAUCAGAAGUGAUGAUAUUAACCAAUCACAAUGCUUCCCCCUAGGAAGGUAUUGGAUUGACUGAGAGAGUCAAUUCUGGUGAUCUUAACCAUGGAGGCUGGCCACCACCGGACCACCAGGGAUGGCUGUGUCCCCCCCUUCUUCAUUAAAGGUAAGAAGGAGGGAGCGGGGGAUACUGAUUUAGCAUACUUUUUUUUUUUUUUUUAAACACCUUUACCCCAGCCCCACACACACAGCACCCCCCCUCCCCACACAGCACCCCUACCCCCCACAGCACAGCACCCUUACCCCCACCCAGCCCCUACCCCCACACAGCACAGCACACCCUCUCUCACCCUCUCUCACACAGCACCCACACAGCACCCCUCUCACACACAGCACCCCUCUCACACACAGCACCCCUCUCACACACAGCACCCCUCACACACACACACAGCACCCCUCACACACACACAGCAACCCUCAGACACACACAGCACCCCUCAUACACAGCACACACAAGGCACCCCACAUACAAACACAUACACUGCACCCCUCAAUGCAGUAUGUGUGUGUAUUCAGCGGACUGUGUGUAUGUAUUCAGCAGUCUCUGUGUGUGUACUCAGUAGUCUGUGUGUGUAUGUACUCAGCAGUCUGUCUGUAUGUGUAUUCAGCAGACUGUGUGUGUGUGUGUUUUCAUCAGUCUCUGUAUUCAGCAGUCUUGUGUGUGUGUAUUCAGCAGACUGUGUAUGUAUUCAGCAGUCUGUGUGUGUAUGUAUUGCAUUUGUUGGAGAUACUAAUAAAUAAAAGCUUAAUUUUAUCUAUUUAUAUCAUUAUUUAAAAUUUGUAUCAUUGAACUCUCUGUUGUUGUGUUCUUUUAAAACAAAAGUUGUUAAUUAGUUCGGACAACAGUACGAGUUGUUUUUUCUAAACUUAAACCUCAGUAUUGAGGUUUAAUUGCCGUGUUGGCACUUUAAGGAAAAAAAAGUUGGCAUGUAUUGCGGUUUGGGCACUCGGGCUCAAAAAGGUUUGCCAUCACUGGUAUAGACACUGAAUGUCAGCACUGUCCCAGGAAGGACCUCUAGUAGCCAUCAGAGGAGUAGCCACUGGAGGCGUGCCUAGGCUGUAAUGUAACUUACUGCUCUGACAAAAUGGUGACUAUGAGUCUCACAUGAUGCAUGUUCUGUCCACGUACAGAUUUAUUACUGCACUAAAGUCUACACCAAUAAGAAGGGAUAGAAUGGUUGAAAAGAAAGUUCUGGUAGAGUUCUUCACAUCAAGGCCCAACAGUCAAGAAGGGCGAGUAACUGUGAGAAACCUACCAUCACUAUCUCUAUGCACACAAGAGGCCAUAAAGUUGAGUCUUGAUCUGAAGAGUACCUAGACUCCUUUCUUUUUGGCAGGACCUCUGAGGAAUAGAGAUGAACUCCAAAUCCAUUCCCACAUAAGGAAGGGAUGGGUUUCCUAGCAAAGUAUGUUUCCAGCCGAAAAUCCAUAUCUGUCUCCAGGCACCUCUAGUGGUGGGAAAAUAAACAGGUGGAGCAAGAAAAAAUUUAAAUCCAAGAUACAAGUUAAAGAAUUUAAUAAUUUAUCCACUCACUCAAAAUAUUUGGAGAAAGAAACAUAUUAGAGGUAAAUAAUUAUAAAUACUAAAAAAGUAGAAUUAGAAGUUGAUUUAAACACUCCAGUCACCAUAACCACUACAAUCAAUGUGUUAUGGUGCCAGUAUUUUGGCGCCCUCCCACAACGAAGAAAUCAACUUACCUGGAGUCAGUCAUGAGUGCGUUUUCUGGAGUUACACGCUAGUUUCACUACUAAGCCUUUCUGUGAUUACAAAAUCUAAACAUGGCCAUUUAAGCCUAUUUAAGAAUACAUACUAACCCAUCAAAACUGUUUAAAAUAAAAUAUAGAAUAAAUCAAUCCACGUGAACCAACUGAAGGCUCCUCUCACAAAGACAUUCCCUUGCUUUGAAUGCUCAGUGAGAGUACUGUGAUUGGCUGGCAAUCUCAACUCUCUAAUGGGCAAGUCUUGCUUCUUGUAUGUGUAUAGCUAUACACAUGAGGGUAAGAGACAUAGAAACCUACCCUCAUGGCCCGUGGUAGAGGGUCUAUUUCCUCUAUCGAGUCUGAAAGGCAGCUGCACGCUGCAAACUCUUGCCCCCUCCAGUCACAGCGUACAGGUACCUGUCAGACUGGGUAGGGGAUAAUGAUAAGGGGAACUCAAUGCGCACCUCCGUUUCCACAUGUCAUUAGGAUUUUGCACCCUCCUGGCCUGUGUGCACUAAUGCAACUCUGUCUGUACUGCCUUAUGUAAGUGUCGACCAUAAGUAGAUCUGCUGAACAGGAAAGGUGGAAUGUCUUGAGCUAUAAACAGCUGGUCUAAUAAUAACUUUUUUUUUUUUCAGAGUAGUGUGCACAUUUCUGUUACUUGAGAUCGGGUUUAAUUGUUCCUCAUUGUGCAAUUGUUUUUUUACUUUUGUUUUUCCCUUUUCCUAAUAUAAACUGUUUGUUUCUUCAAGUAAUAUCGGAAGUUAAAGAUUGAAAGGACACAAUACUGUUAGGAAUACCAAUCUGUUUCAAAUACAAUGCCUCUCCUGGGUUUGUGCUUGGCCCUGCCUGUGUGGAGUAUAAUUUAAAAACAAAACAUAUAGUUUCAUACUGUCUCUUACCUUUCUUUAGCCCACUUGGGUCUCUUACAGUUUUGUACCUUACCCCCCCUUUGUGUCUUUUCCCCUUUUUAUGUAUUGUACCUCCUUCCUUUUGUCCCUCUUAUACCCCCAUUUGCCUUUUGCCUCUUUUGUGCAUCCCGUUUGUGUCUCUUGUAUCCCUUAUGUGUAUGCUGCCUCCUUUUUGUGUCUCUUAUCCCACUUGUGUCUCUUAAUCCUCAUUUGUGUUUCCUACCACACCUCUUGUCUUUUAUUCUCCUCACUCCUAUUAUAGCAUAUCCUCCCAGACCGUGAUCUAGGGCAUUCUUUAUCCCCUACCCGGUCUGACAGGAACCACUCUCAAUGUACAGUGGGCUUCAUAUCCACUCCCAUCCAAACUCCGUAUGCUGUGACGAGCUCACUUUUAGGAUAAAAAAAAAGAUCCUAUACCUCAGUCCACUCUACGAGUUACAAAUAGUGCUCUACCCAUCAUCCUCCUGCCUACCACCCAGGGCAGACCACCCCUUAUUUAGUGCGCCAACGCUGAGGUUAGCCUUGUUCACAGUGCACAGAUUGAUCCAAUGCAUGCAGCAGGACUUCACACAAUUUGUAACGAGGUUUUAAGGUGGUAUUCUGGUAAUUCCUCUAACUUUGUGUCAUGGCACAGAGGCAUCAAGAGAAGAGGCCCUAAAUCAAGGGGAUAACCAACAUUAUAAAUUUGGAACUAGCUGCCCAAUUUUUUGUUUUGUCUUUUUUUAUGCCUAAUUAUAAAUAUAUCACUGGGGAAAUCAAGUGCUUUUAAUCUGGUUAGGUGAUGAAUCUCGUUAAAACCGCAACUAUCAAGAUUACAAACCCUUCCCCCAACCCCCCCAAAGCUUUUUCUCCCACUAUGUUAUUUCUAAAUGCUCAUGCUUUACAAUGAUUUGUACUGACUGUAUAUGUGAUUCUUGUGUCAGUGGGUAUUUGUGCUUGUCUGUUGUGUUAGUUUUAUUUUGUCUACAAACCAAAACUAGUAUGUCUUAAAGGAUUACUCCAACCACUUUGACAAUGUUUUUGCUUUGAAAUGGUGCACAUACCGAGAUAUUUGCCAUUUUGUGAGAGGGACUAAUUGCAGCCCGGCACACAUGACUUAGGCACCCGAAACUCUGUUCCGGUCUGUCUAAUGUCAGUUCUGUGCAAAAAGUACAUAAAGCGAGAUGGCAACAGACAUAAUUAGCUACUUCUUUUCAGGCAGUCCAUAAUUUAAUUUGUCACCCUGCUGUCCAUGCAUGCCUAUACAUAAUAGUCUAGGUUGAAAACAUUUAUCACACCAAACACAUUCUUUUAUGCUUUAGAUUUAAGGGAUUAUGUAGGGUUAGGAAUACAAAUUUGUAUUCCUAACUCUAUAGUGCCCUCUGCACCUCUUCCCGCCAGCUAAAAAAACAAAACUUUUUACUCAUCCAAUUCUAGUGCCGAUGUCCCUCGUUGCUCCACCUCCUCCAAUGUCAUCUGACAGGGGGACAUAAUGUGCACGCGCGGAGCGCCUCAUAUGCAUGAGGCCCUCCUAAUAGGAAAGUAUUGACUUAAUGCUUUCCUAUUUGGAUUUCACUCAUGCUGCAUGUCCUCAUGCAGAGCGUGAAGACAUCCAGCAUCAUUUAGGUGACCUAGAGUCCGGUAAACUCACAGAAGUGCCACUAGAGGCUGUCUUAGUACUGCAGUGUAAAUGUUGCAGUUUCUCAAAAACUGCAAUGUUUUAUAAUGCAGGACUAAAUGAGACAGGGACAUUGCACCCAGACCACUUCAAUGAGCUGAAGUCAUCUGGGUGCCUUUAAAACCUUAAGGACCAAACUUCUGGAAUAAAAGACAUGUCACACAUGUCAUGUGCCCUUAAGGGGUUAAAGGGACAUUAUAAUCAUCAGACCUACUACAGACAAAUGUAGUUGUUCUGGUUCUUAUAGUCAGUCCCUGCAAGCGCUCACUGAAAGAGAAAAGACCGUGUUCACAUUCCUGCCUAGGGAUACCUCCAGUGGCAGUGAUGGUCACUAUUGGUGCUUCCUGAAUUAAUGCUGCAUUUAGCGUCUCUACGCUUUGCAUAGAGAUGCAUUGAUUUAAUACAUCUCCACGAGGAGAUGCUGACUGGCCAGGGCUGCAUUUGGCUCUGCCCCAUCCGCCUACUUAGCUGAGAUCAUCCGUAUUGACAAUCUCAGCCAAUCCAAUCUGUGGGAAAGCAAGGGAUUGUAUGGGAGAGUCAGUUUUGAUGAUCUAAGCCAUGGAGGGAGAUCGGGGGCUCGUUGGGCCCAAGCUGCCAUGGGAAAAAGUUAUGUUUUCUACCUUUUAAAAUUUUAAAGUCGGCAGGGAGCUAACUUUUUUAACACUAUAGGGUCAGGAAUACACAUUUGUGUUCCUGCCCCUAUAAUGUUCCUUUUAACUUGGCUCCUCUUCCUGUUUGCUGCUAAGUUCUCCCUCAGCCCAAUUCUCUGCAGUGUUUCAAAGCAAAAUGCUGCACUUAUAGACCACAACCACUUCAGAUCACUGACAUAGUAAUGGUGCUUAGAGUAACCCUUUAAAUAAGUAAUCAAUGGAGUUGCUUUGAGAUCUUGCUGUUGAUAAUUUAAAUAAUUUCCUGCAGAAAGCAUAUGAAGCCACACAGAAUUAAUACUUUAUUAGUGUCAAACAAAUAAAAAUUAAAAAAAUCAAUGUGGCAAGCAUAGCCCAAGUAGUUUAGUAGAAGAUUACAAGAUUAGUUGAAACACCCCUUGAUGCCACUGAGCUGCCCUGGACAAUAUUUGUUUAGAUGAUGUACCUAGCCUAGAACAUAAAGAUGUCACUGCACAGGCUACACUAAUUUAUUCAUAAAUCGUAUUUUAUGGAAUGCAUUAUGUGUAGCAGAAGAGUGUGCUUUGAGUUAAUUUGGGUGACAGAUGGUGGGUUUCACAAUUCUGUAAACUCUUGGACUGUGAGUUAUAUAUUGGAUGAAUUCUUGUUUAAGCUAGUUCAGGGUAUUUCCUUGCCUCAUGAGUAUGUGUGCCUACAUAUGCUGCAUGAUUCACCUCCCCAUGUGGAAACCUGUGUGUGUAUAUAUACCCAUAGCUGUGUCAUGAAGCUUCAGAUCACUUUCAGAUUCAGAAGCUCUAACGCACCUCUUGUAGGAAAAGGUAAGAAAAAAAGAUUUGUCUCGUUUUGGUCUAAUAGCAUUUAUUUUCAGUUAACUUUUUAACUUUAUUCUGGGACAUACUCACCAGUACUAUACCCCAACAUCUAUAGAAACAUUUCCCUUAGAUAAUAACAUUUUGAUCCACUGAAAAAUGUCUCUAUCCAUUCUAUCAGUGACCUAGGAAUCACAUGGGGAUUUCAUAUUUAUUUUCCUACAUUAAAUCCCACAUCAUUUCUAUUAGUGGGAAAAUAGCAUGUGAAUUGAUACGUAAACAAAGUAAUGAGAUUUCUAAAAGUUAUAUUGUGACAAUUUUCGCCACACUCUUCAAAUAAUAAAAUACAGCUACAAUAGUACAAAAUGUGUUUCACUCAGUGUGUGGAAUUUAGAAUAGACUAGUGUAUUUGCAAAAAAACUCUAGGUUUUGAACUUAUAUUUUAAAGUUAGCACUUUUUAAUUUUCUAUAUUAAUCAGAAGAUUACUAAGACUUUCAACUUGUGCUUUUAUAUCAUAGUUGAAAUUUCUGCUUGAAUACAGGUAACUAACUUAAAAUAAAUUUUUUUGUAUAGUUUUAUUUUUAUUUAUUUUUUCAAGAAAUAAAAUGAGCUUUUUUGGUUUUAUUUUAUUGUUUUGUAAUGCAUAUGUAUAAUUUUGUCACACCAUAUACCAACAUGGUCAUCAAUCUUUAAGUCUAUUUGGACAUGAAGCACCACUUAUAUGAACAAAGACUACACAAAUUUUAAAACCAGUGUUCUCGCUUUAAGUUGGUUAUCUGCAUGAUUUUUACAGACUAUACUACUGACCAAAGUGGACUUAAAGGACCACUCUAGGCACCCAGACCACUUCAGCUUAAUGAAGUGGUCUGGGUGCCAGGUCCAGCUUGGGUUAACCCUUUUUUUUAUAAACAUAGUAGUUUUAGAGAAACUGCUAUGUUUAUAAAUGGAUUAAUCCAGCCCUCAAAGCUAGACAGCCGCUAGAGGCGCUUGCGAAUAUAUUUGUAUAGUGUUAUCAUAUCCCCUCUCAGGCGACGUUUUUCUAAACUAAAGAUAUUUAAAUUUGUUAACCUUUCUUCAUAGCUGAAAUGUUCCAUUCCUUUUACUAAUUUUGUAGCCCGCCUCUGCACUUUUUUAUAGUGCCAUAAUAUCCUUCUUUAGAACAGGUGCCCAAAAUUGCACAACAAAUUCAAUACGUUUGCUUACUAUUAGUAGAGAACGCUUUGAUAUAUCGUGUGUGUGUGUGUGUGACUGCGCAUGCAUGCAAAUUUUUAAACUGGUAUGAGAGGGUUGGGAAACCAGAAAUCAUAAUUUGAAAACAAAAAAGGAACAGACCUCGUGCCUUUAGUGUAAUGUCGUAGGAAAUGUUUGGGAGUUUACUCCCCAAAUUGUGCGUUGUGGUGAGCUGUCAAGUGAAUGGCAACAGUUAGAUCAUUAAUUGGCAUGAAUUUCAAUAGCUCAUGACAAGAUAUUAUUUAAAUGGACCCUCCUGCCCCUAAGACACUUUCGCUCGUUGAAAUGCUUCAUGUGUAAAGGGUGUAUCCUUUUUUUUUUUUUCUUCUCAUUUUUCAAAAAUUACAGAACUUUACAUUUUUUUUUAAUUAACCUGGUUACACCCCCCUGGCUGUCAGACAACCAGUCCUGUUACUUCCUGGUUGUUUAGCUCAGUGGAGCUAAACUCAAGAGGCAGAAAUUGCUCAGACCAGCCACAGAAAGUCUGGGUGGGGUAAGAAGAGGAGGGCUUGCAAAGAAAUAUGCAGCUUUUGCAAGCUGUUUUUUGAUAUAACUCUAAUGAAAAAAUGCGUAAUUAAAUUAAUGCACAUUUUCAUUGAGGUAUAUAUAUUUGAAUGCUUGGUUGUAUAGGGAGAGGUAUUAGCAGUAUAAAGAGGGAAGUGCUCAUGCCAUUGUACAGAACACUGGUGAGACCUCACUUGGAGUAUUGUACACAGUACUGGAGACCGUAUCUUCAGAAGGAUAUUGAUACCUUAGAGAGGGUUCAGAGAAGGGCUAUUAAACUGGUUCAUGAAUUGCAGGAUAAAACCAGGAAAGGUUAAAGGAUCUUAACAUGUAUAGCUUGGAGGAAAGACGAGACAGGGGGGAUAUGAUAGAAACAUUUAAAUACAUAAAGGGAAUCAACACAGUAAAGGAGGAGACUAUAUAUUUAAAAGAAGAAAAACUACCACAACAAGAGGACAUAGUCUUAAAUUAGAGGGACAAAGCUUUAAAAAUAAUAUCAGGAAGUAUUACUUUACUGAGAGGGUAGUGGAUGCAUGGAAUAGCCUUCCAGCUGAAGUGGUAGAGGUUAACACAGUAAAGGAGUUUAAGCAUGCAUGGGAUAGGCAUAAGGCUAUCCUAACUAUAAGAUAAGGCCAGGGACUAAUGAAAGUAUUUAAAAAAUUGGGCAGACUAGAUGGGCCGAAUGGUUCUUAUCUGCCGUCACAUUCUAUGUUUCUAUAUAUACUGAACAAGGAUUAUUUCUUUUUUUUUUUUUUUUUUAUAUUGUGUAAUGGAGAGUCCCUUUAAACAUUGUAUCAUAAUAUACUGUGUAUACCUAUAGUAAUUGAGGUAUUAAAAGUAAGCUGCACUCCAAAUGCUGGUGUGUAAGCUUUAGGUGUUGUAAUCCUUAUCGUGUGACUGUUGAUUUGCUCUCAAAUACCAUGACCUCUCCUGUGCAUCUCAAGAAUGUUUUCAAUGUAUAUGUAUGCAUGCUACACAUGUUAUACAGUUUGUCAGUAGUGAUCUAAUAAAAGAGAGAGGAGAUCUCUGAACAUGAAGCAGAACUCUUUUCCAUAAUCACUCUAGUUAGUGAGAGGAUGAGGGUACUGAAAGACAUCAAUUCAUAAUGUCUUUAAAGGACCUCUAUAGUGCCAGGAAAACAUACUUGUUUUCCUGGCACUAUAUUGCCCUGUUGGUGCCCCCACCCUCAGGGUCCCCCUCCCGCCGGGAUCUAGGGUGAGGAAGGGGUUAAACUUACCUCUUUCUCCAGCGCCGGGCGGGGAGCUCUCCUCCUCUUCAGCUAUAUGCGCAUGCGCGGCAAGAGCUGCGCGCGCAUUCAGCCAGUCUCAUAGGAAAGCAUGAAAGUGAAAAUCCCAGUGAGAAGCACGCAAGCGCCUCUAGCGGCUGUCAAGAGACAGCAACUAGAGGAUGGAUUAACCCUAACAUAAACAUAGCAGUUUCUCUGAAACUGCUAUGUUUAUAGAAAAAAGGGUUAACCCUAGCUGGACCUGGCACCCAGACCACUUCAUUAAGCUGAAGUGGUCUGGGUGCCUAUAGUGGUCCUUUAACCAAGCACAUGAGAGAGAUUGCUGGUAAGUAGAGAUCUGUGUUAUCAGACACUCAGAUCCCUUGGUAGUCUCUCUAGAUCAUUAAUCAUAGAUUCGGAGGCAGAGCUUCCACUGCCCCUAUGUUUUGCAACUGCUCCCCUUGUAAAGCCUACUUAUAAAGUGUCAAUUACAUAGACUCCAAGAUAAUUCAUAUAAAAUGCAUUUUUCCAAGUAAGUAGUCAAUUCUUUGAAUUUGAACUUAAUUGUACAGUGUUUGCACAGUUCCCAAUGGUGAAAAAACACUGAAUGAGUGUGUUGUAUUUCGUAGUAAAGUUAUCAUUGAAUGGUGAAUGUAGUGUUUAUUGGCUAAGUUAUCUAAUAGAAAGCACCUCUAUAUUAUUGGUUUUGUAUUGUGCCCAGGAGCUCUCAUGAGCCAGUUACUUGUUUUUUCCCCCCCUUAUUUAACUUUGUCACGAACAGUCUAUUUUCAGGAAAAAAAGAGUAUUAUAAGCUAGUUUUAAAUGGUAUUGUUUUUAAGAUGCUUAGCCGAGCAAACUACACUUGAGAUAUCCUACCUUCUCAAAUUCCCACUAAGUAUCUGUGUGUGAACCUACAAUACUCGCUGACAUCCAUGGAUAACAACACUGCUUGUGUUCUCCUACAGGAACUGACAGGAUGAAUUUGGACGUGGAACUUGUUCUUCUCACCUAUUUGAAACACACCUCUUCUGAAGACCAUGAGUACAAGCUUGUACUAGACAUACUGGAGCGUGACUUUCAGACCCAUGCUGACUAUGGAGACCUGGAGACAGACGGAAACAUCCCAGUGUUGCGGACCUCUGGUAUGGCUUAAACUGCUACAAUGUCUAAAAUGCCUCUUUUUAACGUGAUCUUACAAAUUUAGAGAACCAAUGUGUUCUAGACCUGUGGUUCCCAAACCAGUCCCCUCAAUACACACCAUUGGAGCAGAGGUAGGAAAAGCCUAUAUUUUUGAGUGUCUCUGCACCUUAUAGCCUGGAGCUGGGACUACUGUUCUAGAGCAGUGUGUUAGUAUUUUUUUCUCCGACACUCAUUGCCUCUGUGAUUUCUUUCUAAAAUAAGAAGUUACAGUGAGCAUACUGCAGUAAGAUCCAUGCCUCUGUCCAUGUCUAAGUGAAAUCUACUUGUCCUAUAUGAUCAUCUGUUAGUGCUUUUAUACAUACAUCAUUAAACUCUUAUGAUUUUAUAUACAUUGAAUGAUGGAUUGAAUUUCCUGUAACUUCCCACUGAACCUACUUAGCAGGCUUGCAAAUUUUGUUUGUAGGAGUAGCAUAAAUAUACAGAAGCAUUGGCACCAUGUCCCACUGGAGAGUGAAGAACAUCAUAGUGGACACAAAACUGGAAACUGCACGCUUACACGAGCAAGCAGCAGGUCCAUAGAGGACUCGCUGUAAUAUAGGACAGUCAUUAUUUUUUCUAUAGUGUAGAAAGAUUUAAUUAAUGAUUAAACUGAAGGCAGGUAUGUAAACUUUUACUGCAGGACCUACCUUGCCUUUGUGUGUUCACAGUGAGAGGGCAAAGCCCAAGUCAAGGUAGCUCUGAUUCAUGGAUCAUCCUAUCACCAACAAACUGAGUGGUACAGGUAUGGUUAAUCAAAGUGUGAAUUAUCAGGAAUGUAAAGUUAAUCGUAGGCCAAAUUAGAAAAAAUAAAAUAAAAAUCUCCAAGUCAUAUUAACAGUGCUUUCAAUUUGGCCACCCUAAAAUGUGAAAUUUACUUUCAAUUCCCAGCAAUUCACAUUUCCAUUGAAUAACUUUGAUAGGCACACAUUCUGCUUCCAUUUCCAGUUUAAAUGAAUACUCCUAACAUAUAAAGUACUCCAGCUAGCUAAAACAUCUUAAUUAUGUUUUAAACACUCUAGGUUUCCACAUUUUAUAUGUAUAACAAUGGAAGAUUAAUUUAAAACAACUAGAUCUGUUUUCCGUUCAGCCUUGCCUCAUCACUGUGACCUGUCCUCUGGUGUGGCAGCAGCUGAUUUUAAAAAAAUGUUCUUUUAAAAACUGUACUCUCUGCUUUGUUAGAGGACUCCGGGUUUGUGGAUGAAGAGCUGUGUCGUCGUAUAGGAGCUCAGCUAGCAGAGCUGGGUGACAAACUAGAACGUGAGGGAAGGAUAAAGAAAGAAGUUGUAGAAUGUGUGGUUCAAGAUCUCCUCACCAAUUCACUUACUGAGUCGGUAUGUAAUAAUAGUAAUAACCACAUAUAAAGCAGUGCAAUGAAAGAGGAACUGGUUUACGAUAUAGUCAUAUAGUAUCUGCUGCAAAUAUACCCCUAGGUAAUUGCUAUUUGAGUAGUUAAAACAUUUGGGUUAAUGUGCCUUGUCUGUUGGGGCAUUUUAUGUAAAAUUGAAACAAAUUUAGAUUGUUUGAAAUAUUUUAGCUUUGUUCCAAACCGUAUACUCCAUGGCUCUGAGUAGGUCACUAAUUCAAUUAAGAUUGCUUGUAAUAGCACUGCUUGAAAUUAGGCACACUCACAGUCGUAUCUUGUGAAACAUAUGUAUGUCUGUCAUUUACAAUGUUGGGAGGUGUGCUUUUUGCAUUUGUUUCAGCACUCAUAUCAUGUUAGCAAAUGCAGAAAAAUGUUGCCUUAUACCAACAGUCAAUAUUUGUAUUGUAUAAAUUGAGAAUAUCUGCAUUGUUGAGUGUUAAACUAUUUUGGCUUUCAUUUUGCAGAUUAGUUAUUUGAUUUGGAUAUUUAAAUUUUCCAUAUUGGCUUGGGUUUUGCAAAUUGUUUUCAAACUCAGUUUAUUAAAUGCACUUAAAUGUCAAUAUUGCUGCUCCAUUCAUAAUAUAGCCAUGUAUUUAAGAUGUAGCAACCACACUUUCAUACCAGAUUCACAGUGUUGUACAGAGAAAAAGCAGGUUUCUUUUUACCAUCAAUCCGUGUGUUUAGUGCUAUGCAAGACAUAUUGCUGGCUGGAACCUAUAUAUCUGCUAGUUUUCUGUAAUCUUUCAGUAUUACACAGUUAUAUUUAUUGUAGACUGCCUGGAUCCAUGCAAUUUUACACACGUGAGUAUAUUGUAGACUGUAAUCAUGCUAACUGUGUAUCCUGAGUAUCUUAAUUGCUAUAGCUUUGUGGAUGUCUUUAUGUUUUAAUUUCUGCUCCCCAGUUAUAAAGAUAUUUUGAAAGAACACUUUAAUAUAUUUCAACACAACUUUGUGGUGCCCUUCAUCUUCUGUAGGAAAUCGACAGUCUCUGUUGCUCUUGGAUGAAGACAGAUCGUUAAUUCACCUGAGCAGGAGCUAAAUCCACAUGUACUAAUUAUACCAUUAUAGUGUAAUGGUUCUCAACCGAAUCCUCAAGGCACACCAGUGUUUCAAGUUUUGUUCAUAUCCCCUUGAAACUGAACUGGAAAAUGCUUAAAUUCUGGAUGAGUGAUUGGUAAAAACCAUUGUUCUAAUGACACAGAUUGAUAACAUUCGUAAUCUGGCACUGUAAUGAUGCUCACCAUUCUAAACAGAAUGACCAAAAAUUAUGAAAGCCAUUAGCCAACUGAACAUAGGAACUGUCGGAAAAGUAAAACUUUCACUAGAGUGCCCUCUAGUGUAUAUAUUUGGAAUUGGAAAAACUCUCUGCCUGUUGCCAGUAUCCUUUAGCUUGCCUGUGUGUGUAUACACUACUGUGCAUCAGUUUUAGGCAGAUGGUAGAAAUGCUGUAAUGUAAGAAUGCUUUCAAAAAUAGAAAUGGUCAUUUAUUUUUGUCAGUUAACAAAAUGGGAAAAAAGUGAAUAGAAGAAAAUUUAAAUCCUAUCAAUAUUUGGAGUGACCACACUUUGCCUACAAAACAUCAUUAAUUAUUCUAUGUACUCUUGCGCAAAGUUAGGGAAUUUGUAGGCAUAUAAUCAAGUGCAUGAUUAAAUAAUUAUACUGAACAUAAGAUGAAACACAAUCUUCUAGUGAAAUGGAAACAGCCGUGUGUGAGGAACUGCCAAACUCUGCUAACAAGGUGAACAUGAAAGUGAAUUUAUUGUAAAAAAAAAAAAUCUUCACUUUCACCUUAAGGUCAAAAGUCAUACCCCAUGGCAAGACUGAGCACAGCCACAAGUAACAAGGUAGUUAGUUAUACCGCAUCAGAAAGGUCUCUUCAGGGAAUAAUUUUAAGACAGACAGGGGUUUCCAGAUGUGCUAUCCAAGAAGCACAAAGCAACAUUGAGGACUAUAGCUGUAGUACAGCAGAUAAGACAAAUUGUGCUUAAUUCCCCUCACAAUCAAAAGAUGUCCAGCAGUACCAUCAGCUCGGAAUUGGAAGAAUUCAGUGGCCAUCCUAAUACACCCCUCUACUGUCCAGAGAAGUCUGAUCAGAAGUGAUUUAACGUGAAAACAAAAAACAUCUGACUGAAGCAGAAUGCAGUUUGUUCGCCAAAGGACUGGAGAGAGGUAGAAUGAGUGUCUGCUGGCAACAGUGAAGCAGAAUGGGGGUUCCUUGCAGGUUUGGAGCUGCAUUUCUGCAAGUGGAGUUAGCGAUCUGGUCGGAAUUAGUGAUCUCCUCAAUGCUGAGAAGUACAGGCACAUACUUUUUCUGUCAUGCCAUCUGUGAAGCACCUGCAGUUUUAAAAAUAACAAGGAGUCCUACAAGUGAUGGUAUGGCCCCCACAGAGACCUGAUCUCUACACCAAGACUGUCUGAGAUUACACAAAGAGACAGAGGCAAAUUAAGCUGCCUAAAUUCUCAGGCAAACUAUGGUUAGUUUUCAGAGUGGUUUGGAACAGCCUACCUGCCAAGUUCCUUACAAAAGCUGUGUGGAAGUGAACAUAGAAGAAUUGAUGCAGUCUUGGAUUUUUCUUUUAUUCUCGAUUUUUCAUUCACUCUGCAUUUUGUUAAUUGAUUUUAAAGAAUAUUACUAUUGCCAUUUUGAAAUUUUAAUACAUUCUUACUUUGCAGCAUUUUCUUACACCUGAUUAAACCUUUUGCACAUUCAUGCAAAUAUAUCUAUAUGUGUAUCAUUCUUUGCAGUCAGUAAGACAGCCCAGUUAAUUUGCCACCUGCAGAACUCAACUUAAGUUUAAGUGUUGCAAGUUUAGUUCAUCUCAUCCUCCCAUGGUCAGUGGGCCAUAUAUCAGCAUGACUCUGGGAUAGAUGUGCAAAAAUAAUUUUUCAAUGUCCAGGAAUGACUUCUUAAAGUGCAACUUUUGUAUUUACACUGUAGUGAGUUUUAUUGUGUUUGGUCUCUCCACAAUCUUUUUGAUACUUAGCGCUCUCUCGCCUUAAAGGAACACUAUAGGCACCCAUACCACAUCCCUUGUUCUCCGUUAAGUGGUUUGUAUGCAGUGUCCCUGGUGUUUUGCUCCUGCAGUGUAAAACAUUGUUUUCAUUGCAGGUUUAAACACAACUCUAAUGGUUGUUAGUAUGGCAGCUUGUUGCUGGUGCUUCUGGAGUGAUAACCGAGGCAGAUUCAGAGAUUCCCUAUGUUUUAAUUGUUGGAGCAUAGUGCUCCUUAUUCACAAUACUUCUCUAUAAGAGGCAUUGAAUUCAACGAGAAGAAAUAGGAGAGCAGACGAAACAUGAUCCUUAAACAGGCAGCUGCACAGACUGAGUCUCGACACUAGAAAAUAAAAGGGUAAGUAUAGAGUUAUUUAGGUUAAAUUUUUAUUAUUGUAUUAUUGUUGGUGUUAAAGAUCAAUAAGACUGGAUCAUGUGGUAUGCAUUUACCAAUCUAUAUACUUUUUUUAAAAAAAAUUUAUUAUUAGUUUUGGUUUUAACUUUGCUUAUUUUAUGUCAGUCUUUUUUAUGCAUGUAUUACAUCGUAAUCGCGUUUUUGUAUGCUGCUUGCUUUUACAUUUUAUUUUUAAAUAUAUAUAUAUUUUUAACCAUUGCUAUUGCAUGUGUGUAAAAUUCGAAUAUCUCAGGUUAAAGCUCUCAAUAUCUUGCGUAUGGGGGUGGUCCAUCUCACCUUGUAAGAGGAACCAUCUUUGGUCCUGUAUGGCAGUGUGUCAGUCUGUCUUUGUAUUAAGUUUUGAGUGUAAAAUAAUUCCACAGACAAGUAAACACAUUUCUGUAAACAGUGGAGUACAGCUAAAGACUGAUUAGGCUAUGUUGAAUGUAUGUCCUGAAGAAAAUUCUUGUAACUGAUUAAUCAAGUAAUCUCAUAAAUUAUCAGUGUUCUACUAUGAUGCUUCAUUACUAAGAGGCUACAUUCUGUUAUGUUCCAGUAUGUCAUGUCACAAAGUUUAGUUGGAAGCAUCUUAUCACUCUCAGAAGAGUGACAAGCUCACUUGACCCUGUAAACACUGCCUGUCUUGGGUAACGCAUUAUCUGUUUGUUACAGCGUUUUGAAGAACUGAUAAAAUCUGUGAUGCAGAAUCUUCCCGCUGGCAUUGAGACAGAAAAGGCCACCGUAGCAGUUGCAAUGGCCCUGACCAAGGAGGUUGGUUGUAGCGUUCCAAGCCUCUUGCAGAACUUCUUCUAUUAUACAGCUGGAUUCAUUCAGCGUAACUAUUUGGCCUAUUUGCAACAAAUUGACAGACAGGUGAGUGUUGACGCAUACAGAUUCUGUAUCAAUCCUUAGUUAUUUUAAUUUUUUUGGAGUUGCACUGCUGACUCUCUAUAGAACCAUUCAGAUAAACCAGGGGUUCCUAAACUGUGGUAUGCGUGCCCCAGGGGGUACGCAAAAUAAUUUCAGUAAUGGGUGCCGCACCGGUUGUGAGGCGGCCUGGUGGGCCGGCAUGGGUCGAGGAUCAAAGGAUCUCACCUGCUAACCCACCUGUGUGUGCCUUCAUAGGCUGGUGGGGAGAUCAAAGAUCUCCCUCACCAACCCAAAGGCACUGACCAGCUGCCUGUGGGAGAGGGAAGGAGACGCCGGGAGGUGGAAAGGUCCUCCAGCGAGUUCGGCAAUUGGGAGCGUUGCUGCGGGUUACCAUGGCAAUGCUCAGAGGAUCUCACGUGAGCGGAGCUGCAGACAGGAUAGAGCUCCUCCCCUCCACCAGACGAUAAAAAGAGGGGACAUACUGUUUGUUUAUGCUUCCCUCCCCUUCCCUCCCCCCCAUUCUCCUUAAGGACACAACUUCUGAUAUAAAAGGGAAUCAUUACAGAAUAUUUCCGUCAUGUGUCCUCAAGGGGAUACAUAAUGCACUUUAAAAAAAAAAAAAAUUAAUUACUCAUAUUUGCUCAUCCCCCAACCUCCCCCCCACAGACAGUAUGUGUAUCUGUGUCAGAGUAUGUUUCUGUGUUUCACUGUAUCUGCAUGUGUCAGUGUUUGUAUCUAUAUGUAAGUUUUUGUGUGUCUGUGUAUGCAUCUGUAUGAUUGUGUCUGUACCUGUAUGUAUAUCAGUGUGUGGAUCUGCAUCUAUAUGUGUGUCAGGGGCAGAGGAGUAGCAGGGGGUGCCAGAGAAAAAGGGGAUAUGGGACAGAAAAUGUAUAAGUUUGAAAUAAAUGCAACUAUAUUAAGUACAAACAUUUUGUUCAUGGGAGGGGUACAAUUUAUGGAAAUGGGCUGCCAAGGGAUACUCAAGUGAAAAAAGGUUGGGAACCACUUGGUUGAAGUGAAGAUGUUCUAAAUAAUUUCACUUACCUGUAAGCACUCCAAUAUACAUUGUAUACACCAUAUAUCACAAAGAUGCAAGGUGUAUUCAAUGUAAAAUAGAGAUUUACUAACUUUUCCUCCGUUACAAUGGUACAAAUUUCUGCUACCUGCAAACUUGUUUACAACAUGAAAUUCAAAAUCCUACCUUUUAUAGUUACUGUUUGUGUUUAGAUUCGUAAAGACCCCUGCCUGGCCCAUCUUUAAGAAUGUCAAAAUUUACUAUAAAACUCACCUUUAUACCAGUACUGAGUCAGUGUCCUGAGAGCAGGAAGUAAAGAUGGCUUUGGAGUCAGGCUGAGCACCGCCAAGUCUUCUCAUGGAGAGGCAUUAGAGCAGGCCUAUCCAACCUGUGGCCCAACCUGUUGCUGAACUACAACUCCCAUGAUUCUUUCAAUGAAACAGAUAGCCAGGGAAUCAUGGGAGUUGUAGUUCAGCAACAUCUGGGUGGCUGCAGGUUGGACAGCCCUGCAUUACAGUGUUUGAUGUCAUCAUGCUGGACAUAACACAGAGUCUUUGGUGUGAUAUCCACUAGUCUCGUAGCUGCAGACAAAUAUUGCCUUUUUUUAAAAGAAACCAAAAUGAUUUGCAUUUCUGAAGACAAAAAAAAAAAAAAGAGGGAACUGGGUAUAUGCACCAAAUGCACUUUUGGGUGAAGUGCUUAGUGACUCUUUAAUUAGAAUUCUCUCUAACCAUAAACAUUGAAAACUUUACCUCUAUUACAUUGAGCAAUAUAUAACUUGGCACUCCCUCACUCUGCUGCUUCAUUCUGUGAUUAAAUGCAUACAUGUUUUCAUUGGGGAUAUAUCUAAAACAGCUUGUAAAAACUGCAAAUCUCUUGUCUGCUGCCUUUGCAAGCCCACCCCUUCUAACCCCGUCCAGGCUUUGUGACAGUCCAAUCAAAGACUUUCCAAUUCAGCUCAGUAAAACGUCUUUGCAAGGCAGGUGCUGUGGGCACUUGCUGCCUCUUGAGUUUAGUGUAAAUAAGCUAACCAAACCAGGAAGUAAUAGGGCCUGUUGUCUGCCUGAAAGGCCAGGGGGUGUAACCAGUAUAAUUUAUAACAUUGUCAAUUUCUCUUGAUUUCUGCACUUUUCCAAAGUGACAAAAAGGACACACUUGACAGAAAGUUGAAGUGCCCCUUUAAAAACUCUACCCUAACCAUUGCACACACCCAGUCACAGCAACUGGCAAAUAUGCUUGUCCUGGCUAUAGGUUUACUUUUUAGCUUAUGGGUUAACAAGAAAAAAAAUGCAGUACAAGUGUCAGCUUUCUACUGUAAAGAUAAUUGCUGCACUAGAAUUCCCUGAAACCAAAGUCAUGAAAUUAUGGACAGCAAUAUUUUUGAAGAACUAGGGGGGGGGAAAGAUGGUUAAGAGGAAGUUUUAGAAAGCAUGGUCCUACAAAGCAAAGCUAAAUCUAAGAAUUACAAAAAUUGUCACCUAACCUAUACAUUGCACUUUACUAAAGCUGUGCUCCACAAAUUUAUUUUUGUGUAUACUUUUAUUUUUUUGAAGAGCUAAUUUAACACUUUCCUAUAAAAAAUUUAAUCUCAAGCUUCAGAUGACAGUACCCACUUAUUCUGGAGGAAGAUUCAAACAGGAUAGGUAAACUGGUAUAUGUAAUUAGCAUUUGAUACCUAUGUUUUCUUUUUCAGAGGUGA